AUGGCCGUCAUCAAUCACCGCCAACCAGAGGGCACAGCGAGCACGCAUGGGAAAGAGAGCGAGGUGGCACAGCAAAGCACCCACAGGGCUGUGUAUGUGUGGGCACGUGUACACACUUUGUCAGAAUGUAUAGGCUGUGAAUGCUUGUAAUUGUGUGAAUGUGUGCACAAGAAUGUCAAGGGAGAUGAAAUUGGUUGUUCAGUGUCGGUGUGUGAUUGUCAGUUGAGUAAGCCUUUAUUUGAACAGCAAGAAAAUCAGUAUGUCAAGUUACUAUCUAGCAUUAAUGUAGAAACAUUUAUCUAGGGCUGUCAGUUUUUCUUAUGAUAAAUCACAUUUACAAUUGCAUGUUCAAACUUCAAUAAUUUUAUAUCUUUCUAUGAUUUGUAUAAUUAGUGUGAGUAAAGCAUAUAUAACCAUGCCAGCCUGAGGAUGUUCCUUAAAUCUGGGUCUUCCACAAUGUUGAAUGGCCUGCAGUAGGGCUGUCACUUUUUAUCCGAAAUUCUGGGGAAGGGUAGCUGACUAAAUGAUCCAGCAGAGGGUGCUGUCAUUACAACCUGGUCAACCCAUGUAGUUUUAAACUUUUUAAACUAACACAGUAAUCUUAUCCUAUAAAAAUAGAGCACAUGGUCAGGGCAGCCAUCUUCUCAACAGCAACAAAUUUGUGGGCAAACCUGAUGGCUUGCCACCUAUGUAGGGUGAUCAUACAUCCUCUUUUACUCAGACAUGUCCUCUUUUUGGGGGGGCCGUCUGGCCUUGUCCGGGGCAGUUUAUAAAACCCUCAAAAUGACCAGGGUUUGGUACGGAAAGUUUUGAGUUUGUUUCGCGUGGACUUACUGAGUUAGAAAGGCGUAAAAAACACUCGACCCGAACCGAAAAACUCACAAAAUAUACUAUGCGCAACUCCAUGACUCUGCCCGGCGUAGCUGUGUCCUCUUUCUGGGGAUUCAGAAUAUGGUCACCCUGCACCUGUGUGAGAAGACAACACCUGUACGACCCAUUACCAGAAGCUUGAACGAAAGCCAUAGGCAGCAAACUUUGCGAAAUUCGUCUACAAACUUUUGUGUGGCAUUUCAAUAUUAAAUCAAAGUUGAUUUUUUUCAAGCACUGUUAACUUCUUCACUUUGGUUUCAUUCACAGGCCUUUGGUGAUCCAAAAUAGUACACUGCUCAUCUAAGUGAUAUGGUAGUCCACUGGUAUUAGUCUGAUCGCUGGUAUUUUUUGGGUUGGGUUUUGGGUUUUUCUCAAGAUGGAGAAAACAAUAAAUACUCAACCAUGACAGAUUAAGUAUGUGCUCUACUAGGUGGGUCAUCUACUGAGAUUUAGUAGCUGUGUGGCUGUGGUUUCAUACUCAUUCUAAUCUCUGUGUUUACUGCUACAAGCAAACUCACUAAGCAUUCAGGAAAAAUGUAUGAAAUUGAGUCUUAAUAAAUGUGAUUGCAAAUACAGAGCUCAUGCAGCCUGUCCAGCAGAUACCAACUCGAUUUGGAUUUCUGUCCAGCGAGUGAAGUUAUUUCCUGACCUGAUCAUUUCUGACCCAAGGCCAGUGCGCUGGUGACAUUACCAUGCUGUUGGUGAGGUGCUGAAGUCAUUGGUGCAGCUGCUCAUGAUUGAUAUAGACAUUGAAGGCUCUGAUCAAACUUUACUUAAAAGUCCUCACCUUUCUCUCUUUUACCUUUCUGCAUUUUGCGUGUGUUUAGAUAUCCUCGUGUCUGUCUGACAAACUGAAGUUGGGGGGGAAGGGGGGGUCCGAGAGAAUUUAGUGUGUUUCCAUUUCAGGGCUCAUGAUUGACGGCCAACUUUAGCUUCCCUGGGAGUAUGUUGUUGUUGGCAGGAAUCCAUGGCGCCUUGUUCACUUAGAGAAAGUUGGCACGGGAUCCACUCCACAGCAGCACACAAUUCACAUGCCAUCGCACUGUUGCAUCAGCAAUAAUCUCUUAAAGCCAACUGAGACAGGGAAACGCAGCCACGUUUUGCUAAUCGCAACGCAAUUUAUUGGAACCUCCUCCCAUCGUAACCACCUCCAUGUUAUAACACCAUGGCACUCGUAUUAUUGGUACGCGCACGCUCAAAUAUCUUCCUGUGAUAUGCUAAUGAAACACUAAUCCCUCAUAGUGUAGGUCUAUUUGCACUUUAUAGCAUUGAGAAUCCGAUGAUUCCACUGGAUCCAGGUUAAAGGAAUAUCACAUUAGAUAUGCAGUAUCAAAUCCGGAAUUUAUGACUCAGAUAUAGGCCUAUUUGUUUUGUUUGGGAUAAUACACCGGAGCAAUAGUGAUGAUCUUCCAACAUUAAAUUCUUUAAAAUACAAACCCACACAGAGCAGACACGCACACACACCGAGGAUUAUAUGAGCAUCAUGAAUAUCACACAUUUGGGAGAGGAGCUGUGUGUGUGUGUAUUUGUGUGUACUAGUAUGUGCAGAGGGUGAAGGCCAAAUUAGCCAGGUUGUAUAAGCAAUAAUUGGGGCACACUAUGUACCUAAGUACCCUAAUAGGUAUGUAGAGGAGGCAUUAUUCAAUUAGAGUGGCAGUUUGCUGUAGCGAGCAGCAGAGCAGUGGUGACAGCGCUGGUGUCUUCUCCUUAUGAAACAACCUAUUUAAGCUAAAUCAACUCCCACUUAAGAGCUGCGGUAAUAAGCACGCGGCGACGCUCACCGGCCCGCGGGGGCCCAUCCGUCAUGCUGUAAUACGGAAUCAGAAUGAGUGAUAACACCUAGUCCUGCUACAGCGCCUUAGCUGCUGCCGCAGGAACGGCUUUCAAACACACACGCACACACUGACGCGCACACAGCCGAGAUCACGUACACACCUGCGCAGACACACACGUGCACACAUUGCUAGCAGCAGCAAUACUGCUGGAUGGCUCUGCUCAUUUCCUUCUCCCACCCACCUCCUGCUCUACCAGCUUGCAUAUGCAGAGAGAAAUUGUGUUCUUAUAGAUUUGCAAUACCAGUCCCUUCUGACUUUUUGUCACUGACCCAAUAUGAGAACAUUGUAAUGUGCUGCCAUUUGUUUGCAUCAGUGUUUGUGUUUAUCUUAAAUGAUGUUAGGAAAUAUAAUUAUGCCAACUGUUUGUGUUAUGAAUUGAUUUACUGAUUAUAUACAUGAUAUAUCAGUUACUUCUCAGAAUGUCAGAUAAUAGAAAAACAAUGCCAGUAUCACUUUAUUUUUGAAUUUGACAAAACAACACAAUAACAAAUAAGUAAAAAAUGUUAUUACAGAUAUGAAGACAGAAAACAUAUUGACAGUGAAAUGUUGCCAUGAGCAACUCGCAGAUUUCUUUUUAGCUUUUUUAAAUUAUUUAGAAAGAAAGAAAACACAAGGUCAUUAUUCCACGCACACAAAAAAAUCGAACAUACUCGGUUAUAUCAGCUGGUAACAUGUUGCAGAUUUUAAUGAAUAGACAUAGAUGCUGGGUUAUGUCAUAGAUAUCAAAACAUGUCAACAUCAAACUGGACUAGUAAGUAAAAAUAUAUUUUAAAUUAGAAAAACACUGGCCUUGUGAGGGCUGAUGCUGAUAUGAUGCUGAUGUUGUCAAAAUGCCAUUAAUUUAUCCAUCUCAAAUAUGAGAUUGAUGAUCGUUUUUAGAGGUAAUUCUGUAGAUGUAAAAUAUGAUCUUUCCUUUUGCAUGAGCCCUAUCAUAAAUUUGCUAUUGAGGUAAAUUAGAGGAAAAAAAGAGAAAGUCAGCUCACAUACUUACUCAAUACUCCAAAAUGUUCAUUUAAUCACAGUGUUUUGACCUUGGACCCACUGGUCUUCAUCAGGUGGUAGUUAGAAAACCAGUGGAUCAGUGCAUUGUGAUUCAACAAACUUUUUUUGGUGUUCAUUAAUUAUGAAGAGCUCAGUGUGCUUUUUCCAUAAUGUGAUUGUGAUUGUCCUGCAUCUUCAAGGGAUGCAUACAACCAACCUCUUUUAUUAGAGUAAAGUCAGCCAAACUCUGUCUUAAUAAAAAUCAUUAAAACAGAACUUUGACUGGGAAUUUUGGCCACAUUAUAGAAUAGAUAUGAGAUUUGGAAUUAAAUCUGUAAUACUACAAGACUAAAGUCAUUAUGUAGAGAAUAAAGUUGUAGCAGGAAAAAAUGUACAUUUACAACAAAUUUACAAGAAUUGGGUAAUCAAUAUGCCAAAUAACAUUCAAAAUUACUGCACUAAUAUAACGAAUAUGAUAUAGUGGAAAAAGCUUAUACUCAACAGCUGAGGACAGACAGUGUACAGAAGUGGGUGCAGACUGCCAGUUAGCCUGCUCUUCUACAUAGAUGGACUCAGUGUGUUUGACCGGUCCAACAAGAAUCUUGAAUCCUAUCACAGCACGGUGCUGAUGUGCUGAAAAAGUGGGUAUUCUAACCUGUGCUGUAGUAGAAGAUCACAAGAACUUGAAGUUGCUCAUUUUAGAGCAGACAGUUGGCUUCUCUGUUGAACCUGCCUUCGAAAAUGACAUACACUCUUAAGCCUGAUUUAUAUGUACUUGUUAAGUCUGUGUCAUCGUAGGUCCCUGUAUUGAGGCAGAGGACUGUAAAUAGCCCAACGUUUGUCUCUUAAGAAAUGUAACUUUGCCCUGAAACAUGGUAGAUCACAAGCCCUCUGAUUGGUCUGUGAGAUAACAUUUUAUGUUGUGUAUUUACAACACUUUCAGUACCAUCGACACUGAUUCAAUAUAACUGAAUCAAAGGAGUAUAACUGAAAAAAUGGUAUGACUUAAAGUAUGACUUAAUUCUCAAAAUCCAUUUAAAAUUCCUUUUUGGAAUUCUGCAUUAGUUGGGUGAGAAUUUGCUUCACCAACUAAUUUCUGUCCCAUCACUUAACACUUAAUAAGUAGUUUGUUAGUUAUACAGUCAUACACAUUAAAUAUGUCUGAUAGAUUUACAAGAAAGGAUAGUGAAAGAGUGAGCAUUGACGGCUGAAUGGAUAUAAACAACCACAAGGCACAGGCUUUAGAUUGUGAAAAAUAAACUUUACCUCGCACAGUUCCCUAAAGAGAGAAUGGAGCAGUUAUUUCAAGCUUUAUAAAAAGUGUUAUCACAUCAGCUAUUUAAACACUAACAUUGUUGUUGGAGAUUCAUUUACAAUGAAAAAUGAAGAGCUCAGUAUUCUGGAUGGUGUCCUGCCAUGAGAAGAGGCCUGUCGGUUGUACCCAAGUCUUGAAGUUUUUUAUAGCACAUCACACUCUUCUGUUCAGCACUGGACUGUGUUCAGAUAAAACUUAUCAGAAGGAAUACAAACAAGCGGGAAAAGAUGUUUAGUAUUUCCCCGAUUUAAAUUAUGAAUAGCUGAAUGAACAGAUGAAAACAACAACAAAACAUCUUCAGCGUGAUGAAAACAGAGGAGGGAAAAACACUCAAUAAGCGGCAUGCUUGAGAUGUUUGAGAAGCCUGGUUUCAUGGGCGUCCUUCUUUCUUUUUUUAUAGCUUGUUUGUUUUUCUCCUCCAUUCAUUCCCAAUCUUUCUCUCUCUCUCUCUCUUUCUCCCUCCUAUCUCUCUCUCUCUCUCCGUGGCUCAUCAGUGUGGUUGUUCAUCGGUAAUGACUCCCACUGUGGCAGGGCCCCUUUAAGGUUGAGGUCCCCCCCAUCCCUCUAUCCCUCCCCCUUCCCCCUCCUUCAGUCCCAUCCGCCAUGCAUUAUUCAUGGCUUCACAAUCAAAUGAGGGAACUACGGUUGGUAGCAGGAGACAUGGUGCAUGGCUCUUCCUCUCCAAAAGUCCCCCGAGGUGCCCCAGUCUGGUACCCACCAUCACCCACUCCCCCUAACCCCCACUCCGGCCCAGCCCACCACCUCCCUCUCAUCCCCUCCAAACACAGUGACAGAUUUUUUAGAUUUUUGAUUGGGGUGGGGGUCCAGACACAUUGACUCCAUCCCACCCUUCCCUGGGGUCAUUGGCAGUCACGCUGGUCAGCAGUGACCUCCGUUGCCCUUUGGGAUACUCUUCACUUCCUCUUCCUCUCCACGGGGAUGCACCCACAGUGUCUGGCACCUCUUUCCAGGGUGGCUAAGGAUGGGUGGGUUGUGUUCAGGAUACGUUGAUCAUACUCUGAACCUUUUUUUUAAAGAACAAACACUGGCCUGACAUCACUGACAAGCUUGUAAAGAUGUUGUUUUGUCCGAUCUGACAUUGCCAACUGUAAGCGCCACCCUUGUUUUGAAGUGCAUAUUAGCUUUCCCACUCCAAAGUUCAGCAAAAUAUGAAUGCUGCAGGAUAAUAUUAUGCGCACAGUGAUGGUGGCUGGACCUGCGUGCUUUGUUGAGUAUAUUCUCUGUUGAAUUAUGAUGAUACCUACCACUGUCAACAUGAUCAUGACUGUGCCUGCCUUAUCUUGUGGCUGUCAAAGGGCAGUAAACAGCAGAAAGCUUGUGUCACUAGAAACAUUAGCUGAAUGUGGCAUCUGAAAGUAGCCUUGUUGUAUGAGCAUCAAAAUAGAAACAGGUGUACGGAAAGCUGAACUGAAUUAAAAGUUAACUUUCUCACUCGUUUUUUGUUGCAGUUUCCAGGCAGAUGGAGAGCAGGAGUGUUGCACAGAUGCAGCCCGCCCAGCUGUUGUUGCUCCAGGUAUGGGUUCACUCACUCUAACACACUCCCAUAUCUUUGCUGAUUUGGUGACAGAGCUUUUUUUUGAUAAGAUCGGUCUGAAACAGCCCACACAAAUGUUCAGCCUUGUAAAAAUUAACAGCCUUAUUUCUCAGAAUUCAUGUCGCCAACUUGCGUGUGUUUGUGUGUGUGGCACAGUUAGAUGUGUAGGGGUGUGUGAUACGACUGAUUACAGUUUCUCAGGGGCCGAUGCCGAUACCAAUAAUGAAAGAGCAGGUCGGCUGAUGGCUGAUAUAUAAAACUGAUAUCAAAUUUUUUCUUUUUUUCUUUUUUUCUUUUUCUAUUUGGCAAAAUACGACAAUUGAAAUAUUCUAACAAAGUUUCUGCCCACGAGUAAAACAUUUUGUUUAAAAUAUUGCCAUUAAGGCAUUUUGUCAUGUAUAAAUCCAUCGUUUCAUGCACAUUAUAAUAAAAAAAAAUCAUGGUUAUUUUCAUCAGUAACAAUUUUUCAACAGAUUUUUAUUGAAUAAUAAUAAUAAUAAUAAUAAUAAUAAUAAAAACAUAAGGGUAAAAAAAAGUAAAUGAAUACAUAAAUAAAAAAUAAAAAUAGCGGCCAUAUUGACCUUGUAAUGGCUGAUGCUGAACCACAAUAUCGUGAUUUUUUUGAAAAGAAAAACAUGAUCAAGAAAAACAGGUCUUAUUUACAUACUGAGUUACAAACUGAGUCAUUCGUGUUAAUACAAAACAAAAAACAUUGAAAUCAUCAGAACAAGUGUUGACAUUUACAAGGGAAAGUACAAGUAAACUAUUUUAAAGUGAACUAAUAUUGAAAAUAACUACAGAGAGACCAACAAAAGCCAACGACCAAUGGAAGUCUUAAUGCCAAUGUUUUCAAGUCAGUUUUCUAAGUCAGUUCCAGUCAACUCCCGAUUCCUGAAGCUUUUGUCAUGAUCUCUAUUGCCAACUACUGUCUGACAGGGUCUGCAAAUCUGUCUUUUGAGCAACAUUUGACCGUUAACAUACGAUGGUUGUAAAGGGUUAUCCAUGUGCAUAGAAAAGAAAACUAACAACAUCGAUUCAGAGGCUGGUGGUGUUCGUGUUCAGUGUGUGGACUUGCAAGGCAUACUAUAAUUUUGUUUUUCAAAGUAAGUGACAUAGUUGAUAUCAUUGUUUUGCACAUUUCUGAAACAACAAUUAAGAUAUUAUCUUAGGUAAAACAUGCUAAAUACAGCUAAAGAUUUGCGUAGAUGAGCGUACUGAAGAGGGACAAAGACGAGAAGAUCCCCUCAACGUGGCGCCUGUAGGAGAGUUAAAUGAAGAGGAAGAUUACAGAUUAACAUAUUAAAUGCCAAGAUAGGCCCACCUGGUGUGUGACAGAUCCUUCACUCAUCACACCCAGUAGAAAUGUAAAUGUAUCAUAACCAGGUCUCUUGUGAGUAAUUUUAUUCCGAUCGCUCCUGGUGUACUCGUUUGCGUUGUCUUUCAUUACAAGCUUUACAUUUGAAGGAUUAAGUCCCGUAAUCAUGUUGGUAAUUGAAAUUGAAGGCUGCGGUAUUGAACGCUGCUUAUACUCGAGCCAUUCAGUCUCUUAGUCACCUGUCUCUGAGAUCCUUCUCCUCUUCCACUGCAAUCUGAAUAACCCAAAACACUGCAGCCAGUCCCGGCUAGCCCAUAAAUAUGCCAUUAUGGUACUCUUAUUAUCCUCAUUAUUGGGGUGGCUGGAGUGGCGCCUGCGUCUAUCAUGGCCCUCUAAUGUGAGUCUAAUGGUUCUGACCUGUACGGGACACAGGUGGUCCCCAGAACAGCCUUGAUUGGGUCCAUUUAUUAAGCCGCUCUGGCGCCAGAGACGGUCCAGUUAGUCAUUUAUGUGCAGGGCAGGUUCCAUUCCCAGGGCUGCUGAUGGACUUUAGCCCCCCUCCCCAACUAUGCACCCUUGUUUCGCCCCAUAGCCUCAGCUUUGUUCUUUCCUAAUAGCUCAAUUAAAUGGGUUAAUUCAGAAUGGGGAACCUCUUCAAAUCUGUGAUUAUCACCUAGCCCCCUACCCUGCCACAUCCCUACCACCACACAUAGACACACACACAUACACAUUUACUGCUGUUCUGGCAGUGCCCCCCCUCUACCGCCGCCACCACCGCCACAAUUGCAAGCCCACACAUUUAUUAUUCAUCGCAAUCAAAUAAGUGAGGUGGUAGAAGAAAGUUGCUUUUCGCUCUCUCACUUUCUUUCUCACCUCUCCUCUUAUUUUCUCCACCUCUCUAUCCCCUCCCUGCGCCUCCUCUCCACCUCUCCACUCGUCACCUCUCCUUCUCCCAGGGAAGAAUUUCUUUUAUUACGACAAACACUCGGCUGCGGAGCCCUUGGCUUUCGGCAGCCCCAGCCAGUCAUUGACGCAGGCAGCCGGGGAAAGCAGGCAGCCAAGCAGCCAGGCAGCCCUCCCCGUCAGGAAAAUGAGCAAUUCUCUCAUUGUAAUAAUGCGCCUCUGUCAUCUUCCCAUUAUCGGCAUGAUAAAAGAUGAAAUAUUCAGGGAGGCUGGCCUCCUAACCUGAUCUGGGCGCGAUAUUGGGCCUGUGGAAAAUGAGUUUUAUCAGCUUUAAUAUACUCCUUGGCAGACUGACCCUUGAAAUUAAACAUUAUUACAGAGCGGAUAUUUAAAAAACCGGGGCCACAAAUUACAUCAAAAUGAAAAUAUUAAGGAACAUUACGAAUAUAUCAAGUGGCGCUUCUCUCCCUCUCGUCUCAAGCUCGCACACAGGCUCCCCUCAUCCUGACACCCCCUUUCUCAUCCAGCCUCACCCGCACCGCUAUUUCACCCCCCCCUCUCUUUACUGUCUUCAGUGAGUGCGGUCGGGAUGCGGCAGGCGACGUUGUAAGUGUCACUGCUGUUGUUGUGUACGUGUGUGUGCGCGCAUUUGUGUGUGUGUGUCUACAGUGGGCUGGCAGAGAAAUAAUAACAAUGCUGCCUGUCCCACCAGCUUCAUACGUCUGCAUAAACUAAUUAGACCUAGACGCUCUCAUCACCUGCUUUAUUGAGAAUGGAGGAGAGAACACUGGCAGGAAGUGUGGGACUUGAGUAGCAGAGUGUGUGUACCUACACUUGUGUGUUUGUUUGUUUGUGUGCGUGUGUGUGUGGAAGUGUGCGAUGGAAUUAGUGUUUGAUGCGCAUUUGGGAGGGAGAAAGUCGGUGAGCUUUGUCUGCAAAGGUGCUCAGAACUUGAAGAAUAUGAUGUACAACUCGGUGUGUGUGAAAACGGACAGAUAGAGGUUUCUUUUACUUGUGGUGUUUAGGCUGUACACAUUUCUGUAGGUAAAUAAACUUUUCAACUCCAAACGCCACACAGCUCAUGUACAAUGAUACUCUGGAAAAUAAUGGAAGAACCAGUGGGAAGUGAGUUUCUCUAAUCACUUUAAAAGUCAAAAAUCCCCCCCCCAAAUCUAUCUGCCCCCCAAAAAUGCAGAGAAAGUGAUGUUGGCUCUGUGGAGUGUGUGGUGAUUUGUCACUUUGUGAUGGGGGGAUAUGAGAAAUGCAAUAAAAGGCGGAGGAGAGAUGUGAUUUGAAUAGAUUUCAGAGGAAGUCAGUCCUUGGGGGAGUUGGAUGAGUAAGCAGUGUCCCCGAGGACCGAAUUAAAACUUUACUUUUGGUCACGGCGCCCCCUCCCCGUAGUGCUACUUCGCUUAUCGCCAGCGUGUGUGAACGUGAGUACGCUCGGGUUAUACGUGUGUGUGUGUUGGCGUAAGAGCGUACAUGCAUGUGUCUGAUUUUCACUCUGUUUGUGUGUGUGUGUGUGUAAAAAUGUGUUUUCAGGCGUGUGUGUGUGUGUGUGCCCCCACUCGUGUAUGUGUGUCCCACGCAAAUGGAGCUCCCUCCUCUGCCCCUCGCCCUGAGGUUAUGGGGGGAUACACACAGCUCCCUCUGCCAGGCUCAGAUGAGUAUUCACAGCAGCACGCCCCUCUCCCUUAACCCAGCACAGGGGAGCUUUGCAUAUUGAGGCCGUGCAUGCAUCUUAGUGUGUGUGUUUGUGCAUGCGUGUGUAUGUGUUUGUCUCUCCUGCUCUCCCAGAAACGAACAGGGGGUCCAGUUGAUUCCCCACACAUGCAUUGUUAUUAUUUCAUUGGUGAUUCAGCCGGGCUCGGUUUGUGCCAAACCCAUACAGCCGUCUGCAUGCAUGCACAGCGGCUCCACACGAAGCGAUGCAUGCUAUGAGCCUACAUUUUUGCUGUGUGUACACUGUCAGAGUUAAUGCUGUUUGUUUGGAGAGGGGAGAGACAGCAUCAAACGCACACAGACGGAGCAUCAAAUAAGCACUUGAGUGUUGUGUACAGUCCACCUUGCAGUGCCUGAAUCUUCGGUGUUUACACUGUGCUGAAAGAGGGAGCAGCUAUCUGAUGAGGUCGAGCAAAUAAAUAAAAGGAUGGGGGUACAGGGGGGGAAAAGGGUGAAAAAGAAAAGAAAGCAGGAUAGAGGGAAUAGACACCAGGGGGGCUGGCUGCAUAGAGGGGAGAAAACAGCAGAGGGAAAAUGGCUUUCUCCAUCCUUUCCUCCCCUCAACCCUCCCUCCUCUUCCCCCUUCUCUCUCACUUGAUUCAUUAUGCUGAUAUACACAGUAUUUGCUUCCUGAGUGAGCCCCCCUCCUGCACUCCCGCCCUCCUGGAAUGCGCACACUGCUGAAUAUACACACUCAUAGACACACAGAGGAACACACGGCAAGAUGGUGGUGGUGCCAUAAAUAUAGCAAACGACACAGCCUAGCAGCCGAGCAAGGUCAGCCGCGGCCCAGGAUGACAGUGCCGUGGGCGCUGCACCGAGCUCUUGUUAGAAAUGCACACAGAUAGCUCAUUAGGAAGGGCCCCUGAGGCCCCCCAAACACGCACAUGCACACACAAACAUAUACAAACAUUGAUCCAUUUACUAUUUAAUUGCAAAGUUACAGAGCAUGCUCCGCCGUGGAACACGAAGCCUUCCCUGACAAGAUUCAAUCUGCUCUGCUCAUCAGUCGCUGCUUUAUUCCAAGUAUGAGGGUGUUUUUUUUUUUUCUUUUUUAAGCGUGUGCGGUUAUAAUGUGUACCUGCAAAAGUGAACUUGAAAAGUGUGUUUUUUAAUUUGAAUAUCUUGAAGGUGAGUGUCAUGUAUUCAGACGUUACAUACACACUGUAUGCGUUGCACUCAGUCCCAGAGCUACUGGGAAUGCAAACGUUUCCCAGUGCAAACAUAUCGCGUUAAGACGGAUCUAGGAGAUAUCACAGCGGUCACUCAGGAUAGAGAUAUCCGUGUGUUUUCUAAGUGUGAAAGGAGACAUCUUGUUAGAAAAGCUCGCAUGAGGGGGAAGCGAGGAGAAAAAAUAAGAGUGAUGGUCGGCGUCCUGCUGGAACAAGCGGGGAAAAAGUCAACACGUCCAGUAUGACUUUGCAUCAACUUUAUAAUUGCCGUGUAAAAGUUUGCGUGUGCGUGUCGGUGCGAUGAACUGCAAGCAUGUCCGGAGCUGUGGGUCUGUUUCUGAGCACUGGAGUGUGUGUAAGACUGCAGGUGUGCAUGUAUAGGAGAAUUCGUGUGUGUGUGUGUUUUGUGUGUGUGCACUUAGAGGUAGUAGCGGUACUUGGCUCAUGCUCUGGACACGCCUGAGAGACUCUGUGAGUGUUGCCCUCCGCCUGCCUCAGACACACGCUGGGACACACACAAGUAGUUUUUCACUCCUUUAUCCUUUUCUUUUUUUUUUCUUUCUCCACUAUCUCAGUCUUUCACUUCUCUCACAGAUAAUACAUGACUUUUUUUAUCAGUCUGAAUUUUUUUUCUGACUCAACUACAAUGCUGUAGCUAUCUAUCUAUUAUGUGCUGAGUAAUUGCUGUCUAGUGCGUUUUUUUUCUUCUCCUUUCUCUCUCUCUGUGUCUGUGUCACCUGGAACAACCUCAGUGGGCACUGUAUCACACCAUUCACAGUCCCUUAUCUCAGUACCCUCUCUUCGACCAUAUGAGAUAGAUAAAUGCAUUGGAUACUGAUUGUCCCCUAUGCCAACCUCCACCUCCAUACACCCCUUUCCCUGGCCCCCUCCCCUGCCCCCUCUCUACCUCCUGCCCGGCCGGGGGUGGUGUCAGUCUGGCAGGCCUUGGGGCCCGUCAGGCGACCAGUGGGCUGUGACGGGCAGCAGCUCCGCGUCCCUCUCCCUGCAGUCUGGCGCCCGCUGGGGUCUCGUCCGGGAGCCCAGCCUGCCAAAGUGACCUCACUCCAACUGAGAGGGGAAAAAAAUUAAACAGGCCGCGGUUUUACUCUGCAAACUGGACAGUACUGCAAAAACGUGAACGAACGCUGAGAGAAAUCUCAUCUCAUUACAUCUCAUUACAUUAUUCAGCCAUGUUUUUUUCUGGCACAUAUACUAUGGGUCAUAAGGAGUCUGUUUUGUUAUGCCAUGGCUGGUUUCUUAAACUGGUGUCUUACACUGUGAACAUAGUGGGAUUUUGAAGCCAUAAUAUUUAAGAAAGACUGGCUGUUGAGUUUUUACAUUGUUAUAAAAAGUUUAUCAAUUUCAAGAGAUAAAAAUCACUAUUUGUCAGCAUGCAUUUCAGUAGAAAUUUAUUUAUUUUGUCCAUCUUGUUAAAAUGACAGUUCUUUGCUGUUUUGUGAGGGGAAAAAAUGAAGGAUGUAUUUUAGGGGUGGGAGAAAAAAUCGAUACAGCAUAGUAUCGCAGUAUUUUGUUUGGUGAUAUAUCAUAUUGUCUCAUUGAUCAAGUAUCGAUUUUUUAAAUUAGUUGCUAAUAUAAAGUCAAAUCUAUGAUAAUGGAAAAAUAAAAUCAACUGUUUUUCCAGUGAGGUUGGCAGAGGAGACAUCAUAGAGCAGGAAAAAGUUAGUACAACAAAUAUUUAUAAGGUUUGCAAGAUGUGCGACAUGAAAAUAAAAUACUGCGUAAAUAAGAAACAUGAAGAAAGACAAAUGCUAAAUUAGCUAAACAGUUUAAAAAAUUGUGUAAAUCGCAAUGUAUUGUAUCGCAAUACUCACUGUAUUGCAAAAAUGUUACAAAUCGCAAUAAUAUCGAAUCGUGGCCCAAGUAUCGUGAUAAUAUACCGUGGUGAUUCCUGCCCCUAGUGUAUUUGACAUAAAUAUAUUUUUUUUGCCCGUUUAUUUUUUUAGUUUGUCCAAGAAACAUGAGUAAACAUCUUAAAAUCAGAUAAAAUAAUGAUCUUGAGGAACACCAACUUAAAAUAAUAUAAGUCACUGACAUGCUUCCCGAUGUGUUCACUGAAAUCGUUUUGAUCCAUUAGUACUUCACGACUGCGUAUCACAAUGAUAAUUUUCUCUCUCUCUGGUAAUCGAGGCUUGUGUUUGAAAUGUCACUCACUCGUUUUCAAUCACCGUCUGAUGCAGACACUUCUGAAUUCAUCCUAAUUUUGAGGACUGUCGAGGCAACAUUUAGCUGCUCUUGCGGCAGAUGAGGGGAGUAAUUAUUAGUGUGCCAGAAAAGAUCCAGGUGCAUUACACAAACAAUUUCCCUGCCAUCAUCUCUGGUGGCAAAAACACAACAUCGCACUCUCUCCUGUGACCGAACGUUGAGCUGUGCCUGCUGAGGCGAACCUCCCCCCUGCAUCCCUAAGAGGGUGAUGCAGCGAGGUGACACUGUUAGGGAGGAGAGUUCUGGGUUUGUGUGUGUGUGUGUGUGUAUUUGUUUAUCUGCAUUAUGUGCCUGUCUGCUGCAGAAAGUGUGUGUUUCUCUCCUCUUACUUUUUCCGUGGGAGUUGCGGUGACUCCACAUCCAGUUCAAGUACUCUUUCCGGUGUGUGUCGACACAGUACAGUAUAUUUUGUGGUGUCCCGUCGCAUAUGCACAACCAAAAGUGUGUUUGCAUGUUAGUGUGUGUUACUAAUGUGAUGUGCUGUGCUUUAGUUCCAAACCCUACCUCCUCCUCUUCCCUUCCCUGUGCCCCGCCCUACCUCAGCCCCGUGGAGAUGCAUCGGGGUCAGGGAAUAUGGGGAGAGGAACACAGGGAGGCCGCACUCCACAACUUGAAAGGAAUUCUAAUGAACCAGCACAGUCGCACUGCCUAUUCCCACGACAACAGGCCCCAAACAAAUAGCUGCAUUUGAAGUCCCCUCGUUUUAUGACUUUGAAAACGCUGCAUGUGUGUGUGCGUGUGUGUGUUUGUGUGGUUGUUUUUGUUUUUGGGGGUACAGUAAGUAAGUGUCUGCUGUGUUUGUGUGUUUGUGUGUUUGUGUAAGUGUCUACCUCCACAGUUUUUAUUUUUUUUUCUAAGAAAUUGGCCUGGGAACUGAUUUACUUUAAUGUGUACACGAGAGGAUGCAAUUAUUGUCUGCUAUGACCAGAGAUAGACUUUUUUUUUAUUUGUAAUUACCCGACUCAUAUCGGUGCGCUCCCUUCCACGAAUAAACACCUCGCAUGUGCUGUGAGGAGAUGCAAACUCUGCUACUUAUGUGUCAGAGGAUAAUUAGAGAAUAAUUUCUAUUUUAUGUUUAAGACCGGGAUAAUUAUUUAAUCCAAGAGGCAGGUAAUCACUGGAAGAUGAGCCGCAAGUUUCUGUGUCUUUUAUCAGAGCUCAUGGCCCCACUCCUUUUUAUUUUUAGAUUCAUCUCAUUACAAAUAUUUUUAUCUUUUAUAAAUCGUCGAUGAGUUUGAGUUACAGACAACAUAUAAUCAAUUUUCUACGCCAUAAUAAAUCGAUGGGCAUUACACAUCGAGACAGACAUUUAGUAAAAGGUCAAAAACAUGAAAAAGUUCACUUUAUUGUGUUGAAAUACAAACAGUUCUGAGUUGUAUUGUUGUUGUAAACAUUUUGUGAACAUGUAUCUCAGAGAAAGGUUUAAAAUCAUGUUGUUUGAAGCUUUAAAACCAUCCUGUUUGAGGAAAACUUUAGUAAUCUCAAUCAUCAAGUUGAAAAAGUGGAUUUUCUCUACUUUCUUUUUUAAUGUUCCCAAAGUUCGAAGAGGAGAAGCUUUAUUUUGGCUUUCUUUGGAUAAGUCAGAGGUUGAGAAACUCAGAAAACAACAUUGUGUGUCCGUCGUUAAUCAGGUUUCAAAGCCUUCCUUACUGUAAACGAAAAUAAACUGAUAACGAAGCAGAUUAGCGGGGUGUUGGCCGGUUAGGUGUCUGCAUAAAUAUUAAUAACCAAACCCCCUCGGCGCCCCUCCCACCCUCACCCUUUUCCAACCCCCUCUGAGCAUGUGUGUUUUUUUCUUUGACAACCUCUGGAUGCAUGUACAACGGCUCCUAUGAACCGAGAUGUCUUUUAUUUCUCAGUCCAGUGCCUUUGCAUCAACUGAGCGUGGCGUGGAGCGCGUGGCUGCCCGGUUUGGUUGGCUGCCCGCUCCGGCUGGCGGGGCCCCUUUGCUUGUCUGUCUGCGCCCAGCUUGCCUUGUCUGCGCUGCGUCUUGUUUCAGCUGCUCUGCGCAGACGGCGCGGGUGAGGAUGUCACUCCACAAAGGCAGCAUGAGUUGAGCUGUGUAAACAGUAAAUAAUAAACAAGUGCUCUAAUACAUUAUUGAGAGAAUCACUUUAGGCAACUGGGACAGCAUGAAACGCAUAACCCCCCUCAAAGCCCCCUCCUCUGUCUCCCUCUCUCUCUGUUUCGCUUCUCAAACUUGAGCUCUUUAUGUUUUGAAUUGGUGGCACUGCAGAUAGACUCCAGCACUGUGUUGCUUGUAUGUAUUAUCACACUUUUUCUUACAUUGCAAGAAACUAUCUUUGAUUUUCUUCACUCUUGCUCGCCUUUGUCCAUUAACGCUGUACCUAUGCUCUUCUUACAAGAGAGUACGGCUUUAAAACCAGAAACUUUUGGCCACUUUUUGAACGAGAAGUCGUCACAUUAUCUGCUUUUCUCACCUAGUUAGCUGAUUCAAUGUUUCAAGAUGCGAAUCAUGAUAUCUGAUAACCUUAAGUGAGGUUGCGAUCUCCCUGUUUUAUCCAACCAACACUCAAAGACCACAUAAAAUCAUUAAAAAACGUUACAUAACAGAGAAAAGCAACACAUCCUAAAAUUAUGGAGAAUGCUCGAUAAUCAACUCUCUCCAGAAGUUGUUUUGUAGUGUUGUCAACUCAACCGGUUCACCUGUCAUUUCAGCAGCAGCAGCUUUGCCUCCUAUAUAAAAUUAAUCUACUGGUUUCCCUCCAUCUUCACCAACAGCUCUAAAAUGCAUAAAUGGUGCACAAAUGGUGCAUAAAUGGUACCCUAUCCUAAUCGUAUGCUUACAGCUAACGCGUUAAAAAAUGCAUGUGUAAUUUUUCCCCCUUAACCAGUAGCAUGUUGCUUAUAUUGUGCGAACAUAAAACAGCCCCAGACUGUACCUGCUUUAGAGCGUGUAGUAAAUGGAAUAUCCUCCUCCAGUGGCUUAUUGAGCAGAAUAAUUACAUUGCACAUAUUGAAUUCCACUAAUGCUCCAAAGGUAGGUCUUAUUUAAUACCACAACUCCCGGAGGGUGCAGAGCAUGAUUUGAAGCUCACAUCUCUUCACUGUACCUAAUGCUCCACAUAGAUUUGUACAUAAAAAAAGAAAAAAUACAUCUCCACAGCGGCUCCGAUUGUAAACUUUGCAGAAGUGGUCUGAAAGCUAUCAGAGUAUUGAGACAUUAUUUCCGCGUACGUCUCCAUGAUAGUUUAAGCCCAGUGAUUAUUCUGCCUUCAGCGUGUCAUAUAUUAAUGCGAUGACUCUUCUGCUCUUUUAUUUCCCGGCCAUAAACCAUUUAUGCUUUUGAGGGAAAAAAUAAUCAACAUGUGUAUAAAUCUGCAAAGAGUUCCAACUGAUAAUGUGCGUUUAUGUAAACAGACGCCACAGUUAAUGGUUAUGUGUAAUACAAGUCUUAAGGUUAUGGCUUUGACAAUUCCUUGAAUGAAUUUAGAAGAGAUUAGGGGUGGGGAUGUCUAAUUUUCAUGAAGGAACAAUCACCAUGUUUAGCUUUAGGGCUUGUAAAAUCCUGUCUGUGUUCAGAGUGUAAUUCCCUCAAGCGCCUGAAGAUGGCAGCCAAAACCUAGUAAGCUAGCAUACGAAUUUAAGGGCCCAUUUUCCCCUAAUAUUACUUCAUAGGUCAAAUGUAUCUCCUGUGUAGACUCAUGUCUUACCUGUGUGGGUUCAUUUUACUUGAAAUACAGCAGUUAAAGUAGCAAUAAGACAAAUUUAAGCUUUGUUACUGCAAAAGUGAGAUCCAUUUUUAGUUUUUGGGCAACAAAAAAGAAGGUUAAGCGUGAUGGAUGACGUCAAGGAAACACAUAUUGCGGACAAUAAAUUUGUAUGAUGGUUCAGAGAAGGAAUUGAGGAUGUCUGCUGCUUUAUCAACACUUUCAAGAUGGGCGAUGUAAAAAGUUGUGCGUGGGAAGUGAUUUAAAACAUGAAAAUUACUCAAGGUCUGUGUGCAUUAAAAUAAAUGGCAAAAGUGUUAUGCUAAUUUCCAAUUAAAUCAAGUGUGAUUUGGUUUUCAAUUAAAUAGACAAGUAAUAAUGGUUUUGAUGCAGGUAAUUAGCCUCCAGGUGGAUUUACACACUUUUGCAGUCUCACUUUUUUCGAGUUAAGUUUUAGUCGAAAAAAGAAAACAAAACAAAACGUAUCAGAAGGUUUUUUUUUUUUUUUGAGGGUGCCUGAAUGAUGAACCCUCCAGCAGACUGUUCUCUACAUCAGCACCCUGCUUUCACCGGCUGCUCAUCCCUCCAUUAUCAGCUGAGACAAUAGAGGGGAGGAGAGGAAACAAUGGGGAGGUCUGGGUGGACGGUGGUGGAGGAGAGGGGAGGGACAGAGGGGGUAAGGGGAGGAAAAAUGGGGGUCUGUAUAGGACACACAAACUCACACACGCACACACCCACGCAGGCCAACACACAGACAGAAGGAGGGUGGUGAGGAGGGAGAGGUCAUAUAGGUCAGCGAUCAGGCUCUCUUCAUUUGUGUGUGUGUGUGCGUGCGUGUGCGUCUUUGGGUGUGUGAGCUCACAGGAUUGUAUGGAUCCUUCCACGCACACAAACUCCACACUGUGGGCAGUCUGGGUCAUGCCUGUCCCUUCACAGUCCACUGCGCCAUUAUUGACGGCUUGAACUGAUACCCCAACAAUGAGGCCGUGCACGGUCAUGUGUUGUGUGUGCAUGUAUGCGUUUCUGCAUGUGUGUGCUCGGGCUUUAGUGUUUGUGUGAAGAUGUCAGUGAGAUCCAGGAACUUCUGCGUCUUCUCUUUAUUUCCUUUAUUUCCACACACAAACACACACAGCCUCUGUUGACACACCAACUGCUGGUAUUUUGCACACACGCACACACAGGCACAAUAGGAGCUGGGUGGGGAGCCGAGGAAUGGGGCCCCUGCGGGAGGGGCCUCCUCCUGGUCCAAAUCAAUAUAUGAGAAGCCAUGCAAGUAUAACAGAAUCAUUACUCUCACAGGGCUUAGGAGGGUACAAUACACCGUAUGGUUUGUGUGUGUGUGUGUGUGUGUGUGUGGGAACGUGUGUGCAUCUGUGUGAGUGCUUUGACACCUGUUGUCUCCAUCCUGCUGGUGUCAUCUUUUUACACCGACUUUCUUUGAUAUCAUUAGUGAUAAGAGGAGAGGAUUGUCAGUGUGCGAAUCCAUCGCCUGUUCUGCAGCAUCUUCAGCGGCAUCUCCUCUGCCAGAGCUCAACACAACCAUGCAUCCGCGCACUUCUAAAGCAGCCGGUGUCAAACACGCACGUAGCGCUGUAGGUUCAGCGCGAGGAACAACAAGCUAUCGUCGCUGCCUGAACCUGUGUCUAACAAGACUUUGAAUUUUUCUCACUAAUCAUGAUUACUGCCACAAUCUUCCCCUCCAGCCCACCUCUUUCUACCCCUCACACAUCAAUGACAACCUUCUUUCAUCUGCCGCCGUACAGCCCCACAUCCACCAUGUAUUUACAAGGCCCGAAAUGAACAGAGCAAUUAUUAUCAGUCAUGUUAAUUCUGCAGAUAAUGAUCAAAAGCCGAGUCCUGCUCCUCUUUCCUUUCUCCUCUCUUCCUCUCUGCCUGCUCUGGGGAGCUAACAGCGGUGACAAACCUCCCCCUUUUAUUAUUUCAUGGCCUGUUUAAAGAUUUAGUGAGGCCCACAAACCACUACUUUUAAUGACCAAUUAACAGGAGCAAAGCUCUCUCCGGAGCACCGCGGCCUCGUUCAGGAUUUGCUAGAGUAAACAGUGGUGCGGCGCUGGUUGUGGUGGUGCUGGUGGUAGAGGGGGCGUAUGUCUCGUUACCGGCUCACUGUUCUAACUCGCACACAUACAAACAGCCACACACGUACACACACAACACAUACACACAUACACACAUACACACACACAAGCCCUGUGCUCCGCUGCUUAUUAAAACCUGGAGGAGCAGCAGUGCUUACCAAAACCUUGAGAGAGUCAGUCAGCAAGAGUCAGAGUGAAGAGUCUUGCUCCCACUGGGUAUGUGCGCUUUUUGUUUUUUUAGGGGGGUUAGAAUCUAAAAUGGUAAAGCUCGCUGCACAGUCAGCCCGGCCAAAUCUGAUGUGAGGGCGAGCGAAAUGGUGUUGAAGAGAGAGUAAAUGAGUAGAGCCUGCAUCAUUAGCAUUGCUCAAUAAUGUAGCUGGGGGGUAGGACAGCACCACUCAAGGCCACAGGCUUUCUGAGCGGCUAAUUUGGACCCGUCUUGUUUAUGGGUAUAGCGAGCCAGCCCCUCAAGAUGACUGUCAAGCUGAGACUUGCUCCCCAAACUAAACAAACACAAAUGAAUACACACUCCUUGAUGAAAUCCACAACAUGCUUGGCUGAUCAAGCAUGUACCAAAACACAUCCAUCGAUGGAUCAACUGUAUAACUUCUCCGCAGUCAGGGUCUGAAGUAAAAAAAAUAAAUAAAAAAUGAGCUUCUACUUAAAUUUAAUGUGUGAUGACGCUUCAGGCAAUUUAGAUUUGGGAUAACAUUUUGACAGAUGUAUUAGAGAAUAAAAUUAGAAUUAGAUUUAAAAAAAAAAGAAACAAAGACGUGUAAAGAUCAGACGUAGAAUUAAACCUAACCAUGUUCAGAACUUAAAAAAGUUAGUAAAUCAACUGAUACAUUUCUAUUUCUCAGAACAUUAAUAAAUAUUUCUACUCAUGUUUAGACAAAGUAACCCUCUCAGGAGUUUCACGAAUGGUCCGUUUUAUUUUGUUAGGUUUCUACGACUCAUGCCUAUGGAUUUUUAACUCAGCUGUUUUCCAUUAAUUAAUCAAACAAUCAAUAACAGUAAUACUAAUUAGAGUUGAAAUUAAAUGAAGCGGCUUGUUACCUUAUGGACGGAUCAUCAGACUACCCAGUGAGCUCUUCUUAAUUUUGUCUGUGAAAUUUGGUUAAAGAUUGGUCAAAAACCAUUUUUUAACAGGUGACCGUACCACUAGAACAUCAACAUGUCUGAAAACACAAUUUUGUCCUUAUUUUAAUGAAUUGUUUAAACAUUGAAAGAAGGACUGAGGUGCUAAAUUCAGAUGCCAAUAUUUUCUAAUUUAUUUUACUGAUACUAAUACAGAUCAAUACUGAUAUUAUCUGUGUAUCAAUGCUAUUUAACAUAAAAUAUUACCAGUAUUUUGAUAUUGAGAGAUAACGAUACCGAUAUAAAUAUACAUCCCUUUUUUCAUUUUAUUCAUGAUCUAGUUUUUUGACAUCAAACUAGACCAAAACAAAUUUAAUUUCAUUAUAAAUGAAAUAUGUUAUCUUUUUAAAAAACAUACAUUUAGUUAUGUGUCUACUGUAUGUUUCCUACAAUUCAAAAUACAGUUCUUCCAUACAGUAACACAUUUAAGCUAGAGGAGUGCUCGUUGGCAUGCACAAGCUGUCAUUGUGUUGGUCCAUCUAUUGGAUUCAAGGAACUUUAUUUGUCAUACCCCACACCUUUGACAGUUUGUGGUUCGAAACUGGUACCCAGAUCUGUUUCCAAGCCAAAAUAAUAAAAUAAAAUACAAUACAAUACAAGAGCAAUCAUAAGAACGUGUAGAGCAAUAGAAAUACAAGAUCGACAAAAUGUAGAUCAAGAAUCAACUUCAAGAGUCACCGUAUCAGCUAUAAAAAAAAGGUCCAGGUGUUCACAUAUAUUCUGAUAUCAACGUUGACUUUUGAACCACCUUCCUCUCCACAAGAAGAUGGGUUUUCAUGGUUUACUCAUCAUCUUGUAGGUAUAACCUCUUUUACUAAAGCAGUGACAGUGUGGGUCAUCUUUCAUCUUUCACUUUAGAGGCAACUGAACCAUUUAUCUGGCCUCUUUUCCCUUUUGGUAGCGUUUAUUCGUUGCAUCUCUUCACCAGUGGUUGCUGCAUUUUCUAAACCGUCCUGUUAUAUGAUCCUUCUUAAAGCACUAUGUGAAUAAAUUCUGAUUUUUCUAAACACGAGCAUCUGUAGAUAGAUACAUUAGACUGAAGUGGCUUCAGUUUACAUUUGGCUGCUUCCAUGUUUGCUCUCUUCAAACUUAAUGAUGGGCCCAGUAAUACACCGUCCCUAUAACCCUUUAGCUUUUCCCCAAUUACAAACCAAUGCUGCAUUGUAUGCAUAUGCAAACCUGUGUUUACAUUCACUCCACAGCCUCUCCUGUAGUAUACAGAACACACAUGGAGGCAGGGUAUUGUCUAGCAGGAGAGGUGUAGAGGAGGAUCAGACAACCUGGUUAAUAAGACAGUGUGUUGAUUGUAUUUGUUUUCCAUUUGUCUCUCAUCGUUUGCAUUGAAGACGCUCGGCGGUAAUUAAGCCACUAAGUGAAACUGAAACAGGCGAGUCAUGGGGCGAGCUCCACAGCAGCGUUAUGAGAAGAGAACAACAGACGCAGAAUGACAAGAGCCGCGUAGAACAAUGCAGGGAAAUGGAAAUCCCCCAUCAGGAAUAUCCUAUUGUUUCAUCGAGACAAACUGGAAUAGAGAAGAAGACAAGAGGAAAAUUAUAUCGCAAUGUUGAAUCGAUGCCAAAGUGUUUAGCAAAGCAUAAUGAAAGCACGCCACUUUUUUGUUCGUAUGCACAUGAAUAUACACAACACAUUAAAGCCGAACAGUUUCCAACCUAUGUGGGAGGUUUCUACUUAUCUAAAAGAGAUAUGGCAAAGAAACAGCGCAACACUGUCAAACUUCUGUAUGUACUUAUGCAAAGAGCGGAGUUGUCAUUUUAUGGAAAUGUGCACACUUUUGUGUCUAAAGUGACUACUGAGUAAGAGUUUACCAUACGUUUGAAACACACAAAACACACAAAAUAGAUCCAAUCAUAGCUGCAGCUUUAUUUUACUCUCCAUUAAGCGUGCUUUAACCUCAAUUUUCAAUCGUAAAAAACAGAUAAUUGAGCAAAUAGUGAAUCAAAAAACAAUAAGGCAUCUCUGAUUGAUAUGAGAUGCUAUUUAAAGUCUGUUAUUGUUCCAGCUGUAGCUUCAGAGUGAGCUGUAAACAAUCUUCAGCGUAUAAAAAAUACAUGAAGAAAUGACACAGUUUCAAUCUCCAACCAUGUAUCUCCUCCUUAACUCAACCCUCUGUGGAGGUCCACCAGAAGGACGAAGAUCCUCUUUUUACCUCUCCUGGAUUCUCCUCUUUGGUCUACCAUUCUUCCCCUUCUCUCCUUCUUACCCAAUGAACCCCAGCAACAAAUCAAUGGCCAGGGAUAAACACAAAUCCCCCAUAGAGGUGACUUAUAGAAAACAAUUUGAACCUGCGCACCUCGCUUAGGCGGCCCUGCCGAGCCUUUUUACUGUAUGGUUCUAACCUCAAACCUCCUCUGCCUGCCAGUCGAUUGAAAUUAGAUUCCCAGGUAGAUGCUGGGGGGAGCCGGAGGGUUUGGGGUGGGGUGUCAGCGGGGCCGUUUCUACGCUGGAGGAAUAUGUGGUUGUGUAAACACAGCUGAAGAAUGUUAACGUUAGCAAAUGCUGCAGGCUCUGAUUGGAAACGGAGGUGUUGAAACGGAGAUCACUGAAAAGACAACAUUUAAGAGUGGAGAUGUUUGAGUUGUAUUCACUGAGCUGUGUUUUGGUUAAUUCCUGGAUGUUUAAUGAUAGUAUACCUUGGUAUCUGAGGAAUGUUGAGACUGUGUAUCGAGGGAUUUCAGUCUAAUUAUUGAUCUUAUUCUGUUUGAAAUGAGGAACUCUGAGAUAUGUUAAAGUCCAACUCACAGUAUAAUUUCACCUCAACAUAUAUCAGCGACCUUAUGGAACCUAAUGACCGACAAAAUCAUAUAUGACAUGCAGGAUCUAAUGAGAGGGAGUCUGAGGAAGAAGAAGAGAUGAGGCCUCAGUUUUCUCAGGGGGAAACCUGGGUCCUGGUCUCGCACUCAGGAUCUCUGGGAGGACUCAGAGGAGCACGGGUGAAGAGGCUGCAGAGGAGGAGGAGGUUGGUAAGUCCAGGGCCUUGUGCUGAGUGGGCCCUCAGAGGGCUCCAUCUUCUAUUUUUGCAGAUCUGUUAUGGUGGGGGUGCUUUUGCAUUACCUCCUUCUUUAUUCUACCCCCCUUCUCUUCUCCACUCUCUCUCUCCCAGUCUCAGUCUCCGUCUCUCGCCCUCCCUGGUCAUGCUAAUUGCUCCCAAGGUCAGAGCGUCGGCUGUGCUCCCCUGAAUGCCCCCCCCCUCCCACCCACCCCCACCCCCCCAGCCCGGCCCUGGCUUUGAAUGGCAUGUUUUGAUCAGGCCUAAUUUGAUUGGUCGACGCUGUCUGGGGUGGAUAGGGACAGCGCUUUACAGCCCACUGCUUUUGAUGUGUGUGGAUGUGUGCAUGUGUGUGCGUGUCAGGGUGAUGCAUGUCAGGUUAUGAAGUGUCUGUGGAUGAGUGCAUGAGAGUGUUACACGUCAGCAGGGAAGUGUUUUUUGAGGGGUGUCAGAGUGUGUAAAGGGGAGUGUGUGUAAAGAGUGGUUUAUGUCACGGGCAAGAGAGAUUUUGUGUACUUGAAUGUCAGAGAGAGUUUAAUGUGUUUUGAUACAGCAUAUGGAAAGUGUGUCGGGAAAAACAUGGACUGACAUGGACUGAAAUGCUGCUGCUCAAAUGGUGAACCUUGUAUUGUCAAUAUUUGCCAAAACUUAAAUAUGUGCGUUGGUAUUAAAAUAGAACCAUAAUACAGCUUCAUUUAUGUUUUAUGGUUGGGAAAUGAUAUUUGCAGUGUUGCAUGGUGGGUAAAUGGUUGGCUUCCUGUAUUAUAAAACUUUCAGAGGUACGUAGACUACAUUUGGGCUGGAUGUGUUUUUUUUUGCAAGACUCUUUUUGUAUGGGAAUUUUAAAACCUGGCGUGGAACUAAAUGUCAAUACAACAGUUAUCAGGUUCAAAAAUGUCUUUUAAAGUUGCUCUAAAUGGCGUUCCCGACCAAUUUGACUCACCUUGUCUCUACUUAAAGACUACAGUUAGAAAUGAAGAGAUGCACUUUCAUCAAUUCCAGAAACAAAGAGAAAAAAAAAGCUGGUUUAACUCUUUAUGCUUAGCGGAGGAAACAGGUGAAGGAUGCACUCCAGAGCCAGUUACACUCACCUGCAAUAGAUGAACUCCACAUGCUGUAGAGUCCCAUGUGUAAGUUACUUCUCAUUUUACCAGCCUUGAAAGGGAAUUCUUUUCCAUCUGCUGAUAAGUAGUGUGAUGUAUGAGAUUUACACUGCUGAUUAAAUACCAGAAGUUUUUCUGAAAACUAUGGAAGGAUAGAAGCGUCCGGGAAAAGAAAUGACUUCACUUAUUGUCAGUGUGCUAUACGAUUGUAGCUGGUCGACGAACAGUCAGUCAAUCAAUCCAUCAAUCGUUCAUUUGUCGUUGUCAUGAAAUAAUGAAAUUCCGUUGGAGCAUACAACCUUACAUAGUAUAAAAAAACACACGGUGCAUUGUCUUUUAUUUUCAAAUAAAUUUUCAGUUUUAACAUUUGUAGUUCGCACAUUUAUUCCACACAUGACCUUUUAAGGGGCAUGCGAUACUCUUAGGUCAGUAAGAUAUCUUGAUAGAUCAUUUAAAUAUUGUCUUGCUCUGUAUUAAGUGUUGUCGAAUCACUGGGUGGUGAUAUAAUUGUCAUUGUGUCCAAUGAACUGUGCAUUGCACUAAGAUGUAUAGUUUUGAAUUUUGUCUUACCGAAUCCUCGUGUUGUUAAACGUCAUAUUUAAUCAUGAGUUACUUGGGAACUCCAGCCGCUUUUCAUAGUACUUUCAUGUACAGGAAUGAACCCAGACCUUUAGUUAAAGUCCCUAUUUCCAGGUACUUCAUAUAGGAAAGUCUGUAGUGAAAUAGAUGUGCAGUUUUCUCUUAAAAUGAACAGGCUUAUUAAAUCUUAAGAUUUGACUGGAAACAGCUCAGCUCUUGCAUCUGUAAGGAACUUUGAGUUUGUGUAAGCUUUGGCGCCCCCUGUGGACAAAGCAGUCUUUGCCUAUGUUAUUCUUUACAUGCUUGAAUAUUGUUAUCUGAGAAAUAUAUCCUACUGACUUUGGACAGUCAAAUGUAUCAAACAGGGAUUUUUCUUCAGCAGCACACCAACUCCCCCGCAUCUGUUUCAGGCAUUAAAAAGGGUUAAUCUCUACACUGCUGGUCUUUUUGGUUUUGUAUAUUGUAAAAAAACCUUCAAUAUGAUUUUUAGUCUGUUUUAUGUAUGUCAAAAAAAACUCCUCCCAGGAGCUUUAACCUCUUUCCUGUCUCAUACCUGUAUUCAGCUGCUCAAACAGCGAACCGUGGGUGAACUUUCUAAAACAUUCUGCACGUUAGGGAAGUUGGAGUAUUCUUGCUUUCACACACUUACUCCCGCUCACUUUCUGCCAGCAGCAUCUGAAUAAAUGGGACUAAAGUAUCUCCCCCUCUGGAGUUGGGAAGCAGCUCCAUCCCCUCUGUGGGUUUCCCUGUCUCAGCUACAGUCACAUCCCCAGUGAGUGCUGGUGCACAAGGUGUACAGUAGGAAGUCCUAGGCAGGCAAACAGGCCAUGUGUGUCUGCUGUCUGACAGCAGCGCUGAUCCGGCCCCUAUGAGUGAGAUUGAUAGGGCCUGUGAUCAGGGACGCCGCGCUCCCUCCAUCGCCGGCGAGAUGGAUCACAUCACACUGCCGUCUCCUCCGCUUCCAGGAUAAAUGAACUGAGGGGGAAUCUAUCACUCCCCGAGAAGGAGAGAGAGAGAGAGUGAGAGAGAGAGGGAGGGACAGGAUACCUUACAGAGAUACUGAUGAGGAUACAGAGGUGGAAAGGGAAGGAAAAAGGUAAAAAGUAAGAAGGGUAGGAAGAAAAAAAGCAGGAAGAGGAGUGACAAUGAAGAAGUGAAUCGGACAGAGGGAGAAAAAGACUGCUGAAAAAAAAAGAGAGAAAAAAGAGGUAUGAUGGAGGCCUGCUGCUAGGUCAGCCCCCUCCCUUGCCCCAGUCCCCCUCACAGGUUAGGUGUUAGGGUGUGGGCUUUUUUGUGUUGGGCUGUCAGCCAGCUAUUUGUCACGGUGAGCGAUCUGAUGCUCCUCUGAAUCAAUCACGCAGAAGCGCUCUGGGUUGUGUGUACUGUAUACACGUGUCUGUGGGUGUCUGAACAUGGAACUGUGUUUGUGCGUAUACAUACAUGAAUAUAUGCACUGGAGGAGGUGCCAGGCGGAGAAAAGAAGCACGCUCUUCUCUCUCUACAGGAGGCCUUACCGAACACACUCCAUCUUCUUCACAUCUUACAUAAGACUGUGUUUUACCUGGGACCGUUUCAUCCCUCCAAACUCUUUCUGAACACACUUUCUGGCUGUCCUGAGCAUGUAUUGGCCCCUGGACUCUGUCUGCUCUUGCUCAUUUGGCCUGGCAUAAAUUAGACUUUGUCAUGGCUGAUUGGGAAUAGGCACCUUAUUGCAUUAGGCCACGGCUUAUUAAGCAAAUGGUCUUAAGACAAGCCUUGCUUAACUGGGUGACAGCCUCUCAAUUAGGUCGUCUGUGAAACAUGCCCGAGCUAAUUGCCCCCAAACACGAGCCCAUGAAUUUGAUCAGAACUUCCUCUGUAGACAUGUUUUGGUUUAAGAUCGCAUGUGUCACGGAGUUUGACAGGAUUGUGUGCGCACCGAGGCAUUUGUAGUUAUUUAGAUCCUCCCUUUGAUAUUAUUUGUGUGUGCGUCUGCAUUUCAAAGGGGUUUGUGUUUGUGUGUGAAGAGUCAACUGACAAGCUGAUGUGCUUUCGCCAGAUAUAGCGCUCAUGAGAUCCCCUCUUCUCCUUUCCUAGAGAAAUGACAGCUUCAAAAACCUUUCCCCGAUGAUUAUAAUUGACUGAUUGGCGAGUCCUUAACUUCCUCUGCCUCCUUCAAUAAUCCCAACAUGGCUCUCAAGUGGCUCUAGGCUGUCUUUAUGAGUGCCUGCUUGCGUACUUUAUGAUUGCCUGAUGUGAAAAUGGCAAUGGUGGUACGAGGGGGUAAUUUGUCGGAACCCAACAAAGAAAUGUUGUAACAAUUAAUCACGGGGUGAACACCGAAGAACGUGGUAAUUAUGUUCAUUAAGUGGCGAGCACAGGGGCAAUUAUCUGGCAUCGGCUUGGGUUGUCACAGGCACGUCAGGCCGAGUUGUUGUAAUAACUCACCACCUCUAAAGGGUUAUCCCUCUCAUCUAAUUCGGUCUGAUGGGCAAGCAGAAGUAUGUAAGCAGCUGCAUGGACACAGUAGGCUCACAUUGUUGAUUCGGCGCUCAAAGUGCUGCCCUGUGUCCUUGAGUUUCUACACAAAUCCGGGAAGCUGCACAAUGUAUGCCAGCACUUAAAAAUACUAUACACUGUGAAUAUGCAAAUCCAUGGCUUCACCACUGGAAAGUCGUACACUAUAUAGAAGAGAUGGGAGUGAAGGCUUUUCACUUCCCAAGGUAACCCGGCCGCCUUAGUGUCAUCUAUUUAUGUUUUGGCUUUUUUUCCCAUAUUAAUAAUGAGAACUCUAUUGUAAACAAAAGACCUACUAGAAAAAAAGCAACAUGCCAUUUGGUGGAUCCUUUUAUACACAACACUUAAGCAGUGACGCAAACAUAACAUGGAAGAAUGAAUAUCUUGAUUUUUGUAGUGUGAGAUCAUCUUAGAUUUAACUAGAUCACACAAAAGGAUCAAUUUAUGGCAUCUAUAAUCUUUGUUGUUUAAACUAUUUUCAGUGGCCACCAUUGAUGGCUGCGAAAAGCCAGAUUUUAAAGCUUGUUUCCAGGUAUUGAUGCCGGACAGAUACAGUGUAGAAUGACUGGUGUCUGAGGAUUUGAAUCAAAUCUGGGUGGCUUGUUUUGUGGACUACAACAUUCAUACAUGGUAAGCACAGUUUAAAGUCCCACUCCAAUUGUUUUUUUUCUUCUUUAAUACCUUAAGUGUUCUCAGUGGUCUUUAAACUGUGAUUACAAAGUUUUUAGCCAAAAUCACGUUACCUGUGACAUUUUUAAGGACUUUCCUCCUGCAGAGCUCCAGUAGCUCAUGAGCAAUUCGCUUCUGAGUCAUGGGCGGAGACAGCGCUGCUCUGCACACUCGUUGUUAUGCUAGCUUGUAGCCUAACAUUGUUGUUGUAGUAGAAGUGGCAGGCAAUGUACGAACUAUUUUGCUCUCGGACAUUGGUAUCUUUGGAGAUAUGAUGAAAGCUAAUAUCGUAAUUAGCUUUUUUACGAGCAUUUCAAUCUACUAAUGCACUCUCUACUUCUCCAAGUCUUGCCUGCAGAGUGGGGCUCCGGGGGCGGAGCUUGCAGUUGUGAUGUAAGAAAUCUCACUGUGUCUGAACCACAGUGAUUUGAAUACAGAAAUACUCAAAAAUGCAAUUUCGCAUUUACUUUUCUCAUGAUGUGUCCCGUAGCAUCAUAAAAAUGCCAUAUGAACAUGUAGACAAGAAGACAAACAUGAUUUCAUUGGAGUGGGUCUUCAAUGACCGGUCAAAACAGACAGGGAUAUGGGAGUAUAUUUGAGCAUAUUAAAUGUUGUCAUUCUUGUUGGCACAAGAAUGGCUGCUUGCUUCUAAAAGUUUCAGGUAUUUGAAAAGGGAAUUAUAAAAACAAUUUAAAAAAUGGAUGAAAACAGUUGAUAGAUAAUAAUCUUACAAUCAGGAUUAACUGAACGCAUGUUUUGACACAACCUGUACUUACCAGGCAUCCUUAUUUCAUAAUUGAUUUCAAAAUUGCUAAAAGAGAUCAAUCCAACUUCUGGCCAAGUACUUGAUUGAUGCCCUUAUUUUUGUAUUGUAUGCCUGUGUAGUGUUUAUUCAGCGCCAAAGUGUGACUAAAAUAAUCCUUCUGUAGACAGAGAACCACAUAACAUAUUCUUCCCGACUCACAGGGAAUGAGUAACCACCACACCUGGAGAAGAAAGCACCUGUCUACACCUGUAUGAAACUUCUCCCAGUACUUGUCAGAUUCAUAUCUACUCCCUGUCUGACUUACAGUGAGAGGGACUCGCGAGCUCAUGUGAAUCCUUAAACAAAAGACUGAAACUUAAAUCCUUACUCACAAAUCCCAGCCUUGUAGAUACAAAACCUGGAAAUACCAUCGGGCUAAUUAAGCUGAUUGGCUCCCUCUGUCCUGAAACAGGGCCGGUCUGCCAAUCAAACGUGGGAUGUUUCUGCCGUAACAAACUCCAGCUACAGCUUUUCUUUCCCGCUUGAAGCCGGAGGAAGAAUCAACCUGACAGUGAAGCGUGUGAUUGGACAGAACUGUGCAGGCUGUACUUGUCAAUCAAUCACCAAGGAGUUGAGUAUUUCUAACCCUUUAUCCACAACGCCCCACACCUCUAAGUCUGCCAGGCGUGAAAAUAAUAGAUACUUAGGAUAAAGACUCCCAGUGUAAUUAUACAAACCUGCAGAAGACAGUCAGUCCUCCACUUUGUGAACACAUAGAGCACUCAGUUCUCUCCUGACAUACUCUCGCCUCUAUCUCCGCUUGAAAAAAAAAAAAAAAAGCAUCUCCAGGUAUCUAUGCUCUCGAGGAGGGCAAGGCAAGAGAAAGACAAAUAGCGUGGGCUUUUUAUCACCAAAGCCCUCCUGGAAACAGACAAUAGCCACACAGGUCUUAUUUUAGUCACUGCCUUUUGUGGCUGCCAGCCUUCUCAAGCUCCCUCUCUCCCUCUUCCUUUUUAUUUUCUUGUGUUUUUCCUUGGGCACAGUUCGCUCUCCCUCUCUUCCUCUUUCUUCUCUUCUCUUUCAAUCGCAAGCCUAUUUGGAGCAUGUUUGUUUUCACGCUUUCUCUUCUCGUUCUCAAUCUCUCCCUCCCUCUCGUUUCUCCUGCCUCCCCCCCGUCCCUCGUUUCCCUCACAGUGUGUGUGUGUGUGUGUGUGUGUGUGCUGUACAUCCAUCGAUGGAUGUGAGGCGUGUAUAACCUCAGGUAAGCUCAAUGAAGCUGCCUGACUAGCCAGAGUGUCUGUGGGAGGCUCUGGCUCAUCUCUGCCUGCAUCCCUGUAGCCUUAAUCUGUGACAGACCAUUUCAUAAUCACAGCCAAGGGGGCUUCUCUCUCUCUCUCUUUCUCUCUCUCUCUCUUUCUCCCUCUGUUCCUCGCUCCUCCUCCUCCUCCUCUUCCUCUUCUUCUUGGUCUUCUUCUUCUUCCUGUGCUCCUCAUCUCCUUCUCUUCUCUCUCCCUCUUCCUUCUACUGUUUUUUUUCUUCUCUCUCCCAAAGUGCAAUAAUUCACAGGCAUGCACCCUCCCACAGGCGGAUUAGCAGGCGGCGUGCUCGUCCUACAUAAUCGCAGCACAAUGGAGCCCAUACGUGCAGCCACCACAGCCACGCCAUAGGGCACAAUACAUCUGUGCUGUCCCCCCUCCCUACGACAAAUGACACCGGACAAAAUGGACCCCAACACCUGCAGUACAUGCAGACCAACAAGGGGCUAGUACUACUUCUUCAGUGGCCCACUUUGGACUAAAUGAGAACUGCGUGUGUCUUUGAUAACCUGCAGUGAAAAAAAACGAGAGUUCUCCAGAUAACGGCUGGAAAUUGUUCGUUUAUCUCAGAGUGACUUCUCAUUUGUCAGUCAAUCACAAUGUCAGACUUUUAAGAGACUUAAAAUAUGAGACGAAACGACACCCACUGUCCUCUACAAAGUUCUACACACAAUUAAAAAAACACAAAUCAUCCCACCCCUGUUUUUGAUCUGUGAACACACUUAGUUUGCAAACAGCUCGCCUCCCAAUGUUUCCCAUGAGCUGGGUCGAUUACUGUGCACAACAUUAACAUAUUGUAAAAAAAAAAAAAAAAAAAAAAAGGAACAAGCAUCUUAUGAGUCAUUUUCAUUGUCUGAAUAAUAGCUGAGCCGAUUAGCAGCAUUGUUGCCAUCGGAGAGGCAAAACAUCAUUACGCUCCUCAAUCUGUUUGAGUAAUUAAACCAUUUGGGAGAAUCAUCUCGUGUGUUUGCUGAUUCAGUCAGAGAAAUGAAAAAAAAAAAAAAGCUGCUGUUGAGCGCUGCAGCUAUAUGUAAUGUUACAUUUAUGUAUUAGCUUUAAAGGGCUUAAGUGUGAAGCUGUGCGCAACUGCUCUGGUAACGGAAUGUCAAAUAGGAUCCAUCGCUCCAUUCCAAUGCAUUUCAUAUAAUACUAUAAUGAAAGGCGAGGAUUUAUACCGUAUUAGUAUCAAGCUCCAUCAGAUUUAAGGCCAUAAAUCCAUUCUAUAUCCUCCAAGUUUUUUCUCUAACAUUUUCCGGGCGCUUAAUUUAAUUUUCUCUCAAAGUGCCAAGCGGCCGCUGUUCUUUGGUGUCAGGUGAAUGAAAUAAUUUGCACAUACUUUGCGCCUAAACUGUGGAAAUCCAGGAAGCAAUUGCAUGCUUUGCUAUAUCACACCAACACACCAAAUCUCCUUUUUUUUCGCCUGUCCGCCUGUUGUUGGAAACACACUAUUAGGCUCACUUUCAAAGCAUGUGGUGGGAAUACUUGAGACGAUCCAAUUUGAUUUAUCCAGCUUUACCUCAACCAGAUCUACUUUGUUGCUUCUACAAAACCCUCACUCCAUUUUUUUCCAUUCACUUCUUUCUCUACUCUGUAAUAGCAAUGGAUGACAUACAUUAAGGUCUCCCCUCAGCAGGAUCCAAUCAAACGGCUACAGGUUUUCCUGGAUCUCGGCCUGUAUGUAAAACACAGACACUGUCAGUAUGGUAUGGCUUCCUCUCCUCCCCUUUUAUCCCUUCCUAUUUUGCCGUCUCAGCACAAGCCCACACUGCGGUAAUCCCUCACAAGUCAGGACAAAAUGAGUGACACAGGGUGGGUCGCAGCUGGAGCACACACGGCCGUGCAUAAGAUAUCUCCUAGAUUUCUGCCCCUACCUGAGCUUAUAUGGACAGACCCUGAAUGUAUUAGUGAUUCGGCCAGUCUUAUGGCCCCGAUAUGCUGGAGCCCUGCAUGGUGUGGGCCUUUCACACACGCAGGUUUAGACACACAGGACUUCAUUAAAAGCAUCACUGCGAGAUGAUGCUCACUAUAUGUAAUCCACAUGCAUGUUCACCCCCUUCUGCUUUGCAACUCCAAAGAGGCUUGUUAAUCCUCGCCUGUGUCGAGGUAGACGCUGAAAAGCACAGCGAGGUCUGCACACACAUGCACGUAUGAACAUGCAACGUCUUGUGCACGUGUGUGUACAUUUAUGUCCAACUUGAAAUUUACAGUUUUUUCAAUUUUAAAUAAUGAUGAAACGUAUGAGGUUUGUCUUUUAAUUUAAACAAAAGUAGUUUUUGUUCUUCUCCUUUGCAAACAAAAGUCUCAUAAGCAUCUGAAAGGGGUGAGGGGUCAAGAAAACCACUCAAAUGAGGACUUUUGUUUGUAAUUGGUUAUCUUAUACAUCUUUAAAGGCAUCAUUAAUGAUGAACUGUGUACAUGGGUUUUAGAGCAACAUAUCGUCGCUGUCUGAUGAAAAACACGGAUCUCCACUUUCAGCGAUCUGAUUUUUUUCAAUACAUGCAUGGUCCAUAAUCUUCCCGAACAACCCGCAGCUUUGGGUAUCCAAAUGACCGAUUGAAAGACAUUUUAUAACAUCAUCUUUUCAACAAGUAUCUCCAUUGGGUGUUGGAAGUGUCAACAAAGCACCUAUCUCCCGCCUUGGCCCUGUGUUGUCAUGUCAGCCAACAGACUUUUCAUCAGGAUGAAAUGCUGUCUAAAAACCUUUCACUUGUUCGUCCCCGCCCGUCUGCAUGGUGUGAAAUACGAUCCGCCUGAAACACUGAGUGUUUUAUUUUGAAAAGAAGCCGGAUGUUUUAUUUUUUGUGUGAGCCCGACUUCCUUUCCAGCACGGGUUAAUCUGUGCUGAAUUUAUCCGGCAUGAUCCGGUGUCCGCUGCGAAACGGAAAGAAGCCGGUGGAAAUUGACACAUUAACUUGAAUGGUUGCGAUCAGCUACGAUCAGCGGAUACGGCCUUUUUGUAGCCGGAUGUGGUGGAAAUUGCCAGUUACAAUGUUUUGGGGUUUAUUCUGCAAGGUAGUUUACGAAUAAAAUUCUUGGGAAAAAAAAUGUGAGGAUACAUGUUAUUUAUUGAACAGCAAUGACAUGCUUGCAUUCAAAUAAUGCUUUUUUGAUUGACAUAUCUUAGCAAGACAAUGCCAAGCUGCAUUCUGCAUGUAUUACAAUGGCAUGGCUCUGUAUUGGCAGAGUCUGGGGGCUAAACUGGCGUGUCUGCAAUCAUCUUUUAAAUAUUUGACACGACAUUUCAGCUUUUUUGGAGCUGGAGUUGUAAAAGAAGUUCCUACUCGCCAUAGAAAGAGUUAAUCCUGCAUAUCGUUGGGGCUAAACAUUGGUAAUGUUAUGCGCUUGUUGUCUCACUUUUGGUUGCUCUCCCUCCCUCUUCACCCCUCUCUUUCUUCACCUCUCUCUCUGCCUCCCUCUCUUCAUGUCACUCUGCUGAUUUAUGGCUCUGUUUAAGCGAAGGCCACACGUCUCUCCCGACGCCGCUAUUUGUUUCAACCCUGCUUCAUUUUUUCCACUCUCCCCCCUCUGAAGGCAACAAGGAACCAACAAAAAUUAACCCUUGGCUCUUAUACACACAGCGAAGUGUGUUUUGCGGCUCUUCCCGGGUUGUAUCUGCUUUGAGGGAACUUGACAGGGCUGUGUGUCGACUCUGCUGUUGUUCUGACAAAGCGCCUAGCAGGCCUGGCCCUCUGCUGCUGCUGUUAGGAGCGUGUUGGAGAUGUAGAAAAAUGACAUGCCACAAGGAUGCCAUUAAUAACGCUCACAGGCAAGGUUGGAAAAAUGGGCGACGUCACAAGGCCCUUUUAUCAGCCUAAUUUCAUAAGAGGAUUUCAUGUCUGAGCAGGGAAAAGUGGCUAUUUUUCCUCUUCUUUUAUAUUGUAAACAGCCAUUACUUGAAGAGGUAUACAGGCCAGCUCUGGCGGUAAGUGGAUAUGAAUUUCAAACCAAACCAUCCUUUUAUAUCAGCCCCUCUCACAAACACUUUGACAUAAUCGUGACAUCAGACAGGCUCACUUUUUUUCACUGCACUUGGCUUCUGACUGCGCCACAAUUCAUUGCAUUUUCUUGAUGAGACUUUUCUUUUUUUUCUCCGUCGGUGAUACCGAGAAUUAGUUCUUAUAGAUUCUCCCUGCAAACUAAAGCAAUUGUUUGACUAAAUCAAAGAGGCAGCUGAAGCCACAAUUACAUAUUGUGAGUGUGAUUGUGUUGCCAUUGAUUGUAAAUGUCUGAAGCACUGAGAGGGAUGUGUCUGGCUUGGCUUUGUGUAUUGUUGCUGGGGUUUUCUAGCAUUGUGCGGCAUUGUACUAUAUUUGCACUUCUUCUUCCCUCUUCUCUGUCUGUGCCUUUGUGGCAGACUGGCAUGCAGGAGGCUGUUGUUUACCCUGGUAAGCUGCCCAUUGUCUCUGCUGGGAAUUCCCUUUGGGACGGAGCAUCACGGGAACAAGGCUCGCCGCGGCGCGAGCAACUAACCGCAGAGGCGCUUGCACUGCAUACACAGGGGCCCUACGUGCAUCCACUGGGAUCUGAUGCCAGGGGUAAGAUGGCCAUCCCUUGGGACUGGAAAAGACGGUGAGGUAGAGACAACAAAAGGCGUGAGAAUGGAAAGACUGCGACAAAAAGGGAAUAAAAGUCGAGGAUAAUCACAGCAGAAUGAGAGCUUAGAGGUUAGAAACCCGUAGAAAUAAAACCAGUGGUGUGAAAAACAAAUAAAAAAGAUGAUCAUAACUUAAAUUUCUGACCAUAUCCAAACGGGUAAAAACCAGCCUUGAAUACUCCUCUUCCUCUGCCUCCACCUAACUGAUCAUUUUUAAAACAAGACUCCCCUCUAUGACCUCACCCUCCUACACCUCUGCACCACGGCGGGCGCUGACUCGAGGCCCGCCGUGCCCGGGGCUGGAGUCGAAGGCGUGCCCCAGCUCAGGUGUGUUAGCAGUGGACGCAGGGCACUGACAGGACGGGUUAGUCUCCUGUCCAGAUGUGACUUGACAGCGGUGAGGCUCGCAGGGCCUAGUGGGCAGGUUGGUUGCUAAGGGCCUUAUAGUAAACCUAAAGCAAACAGGACUCAAAGGGGGGGAAAUGCACUCGGAAUAACACUGAGUCACAUCUCAAGUCGGACAGGAUGAAGCUUUGUUCAAUCAGCGUCACUCUCUGUUGCUCUGCUGUUUCAUAAUGAUGACAAUAGACAGUUGAGUUGACUGUUUGUACUUAAGUUUGAACAUUCAGACAAACGGUUCAUGUUGUAACUACACAAUCAGGGUACAAGUGAGUGGAAAUUAAAUCUUCUUAACUUUGACGAACUAUUCCUUUUUUUCCAGCUUAAUGAGAAUCACUCCGCUUUUUUUUGAGAACGCAGACUGAAUUGCUUUUACUUUGGGAACAUUGGACUUCUUUAAGAGAGGUUGAAAUGCCAUUGGUUAAGAUAAUGGAAGAGGGGGAUGUAAAGUUCAGUGGGAGAGAGCCUAAUGCCUUCUUAAGGUGAGCCAUUUCAGCACGCAACCACAUUUGUAUACGUCUGCGUAUUUACCCGCGAAGGGAGGGAGGUGACCUUUCCAUGUGGAGAUGGUGUCUGCAUGGAAACGCCGCUCGCUGCAUCCUAAUGGCCACCCAGGGCCACCUCCCCUCUGUGGCUGUCCUGAUAUUUGCCUAAAUGCGGGGGUGAUUUUUUUUUUUUUCUUUUUUUUUUUUGCGGGUGUGCAUCCUAGAAAUAUUUAGAGGAUUUGUGGUCAGAUAAAAUGACAUAAGAGGAGCAAGAAAGUGCUGAUUGCUGGUAUGGUAGUGUCGUGUAAGUUGGUGUUUUGUCCUUCCGGUACACGAUGAGACUAAAAUGAGAGAGAUUUAAAUAAAGCAAUCACAGAAAAUUCAACCAAAACACAAACCGAAAACUGGUAAACCGAUUCUGAGCGGAAAGUAGUUUCUCGCUACCGAGGCUUCAGAUAAGGAAAAAAGUUCACGAACUGACAAACACACUCCACAGAGUUAGACCGACACACUAUCAUUAGAGAUGCUGCUCUGACUGAGGGUUAAGGCAGAGGUCUCUCAGUCAACAUGGCUUCUUGCCUCCUGCUGCUCUGUGGAUCAUUAGGAAAAUGAACAAUUGAAGGGCUAUGUGUGUGUGUGUGUGUGUGUCUUUGUGUGUGUGUGUGAGUCCUGUGCCACUGGUUGGUGGGCAGCCUGAUUACUCUACUCUGUCUCCUACUUACCUGCCGGCCCACUGACUUACCUUCAGCAUACUAACUCCCUCCACUUCCCCACUUUCCUUUCUCAAACACACACACACACACACAUACACACAACCUGCACACGCACGCACACACACGUGGAAAGGAAUCACCAGUGCAUUAAUUUGUCUAGAUUCAUCUCUGCAAAACUUCUGAAUGCAUCACAUCUUGACAGACGAUUCUAGGCCAGUAAAUCUAUUCCUCGGGGUAUCUGUGUACCUUUGGAGAAAAAAAAAAAGAAAUCCCUUUAGCUUGUAAAAACCCCUCACCACCACCAUUUUUUCCCCUUUUCUGUUUUAUGUGUGUAUACCCAAUUGUGUACUCGGAGGCAAAUGGCACACAUACAUUUUAAAAGCACAUCAGUGGCUGGGGCAGAAACCCCCGAAAGGUGGGAGAAAUUACAGGAUCAACGAUUGAUGUCAGGGGAACAAAUCUGAGCAAGGGGCUAGAGAUUUUUCUCUCCUGCUAGGGCGGUUGUGUGAGCCGUCCCCAUUAACAAGCAGAGGAGAUAAUGUUGGUGGGUGGACACAGUGUGUGACUGUUUGUGUGUGUGUGUUGUGUGUGUCUUGCCAAGCCUACGUCAUCCAGCACGUGCCGAGCCUGACAAAACAAAGGAUGGAGGUCAUGUUCGGCAUUUAAGUACCUUAGUUCUGACUUUAUUUUCUCCACUUUUAGACACAUUUUUCUAAAGGAAUGUAGAUUUUUAUUUAAUGUAAUAUUUGUUUUUUUAAUAGAGAGUAAUGACAAUUUACAGAAAAUCACAAAUGUAGAUGUAUUGUAAUAAAAAGGACCCGGUUACCUACCAGAAAUCCAGCAGGCUAAUUCGUAGCUUCAUAAACGUACAAAUGAAUAAAUAAAGAAGUUAUAGAAAUGUAUUUGUAUGUAUCCUUUAAUUUUAGCUACAGUGAAUUACAAAUCCACCUCCUUACUCUCUGAUUAUCCUAAUGUGCUUCUAAAGAGUACAAAAGAAUAGAGUUGUCUUCUUUUUAUAAAUUCCCACCGUUCUUUAUUUUGCAACACAAACAAAUUCACACUCUGCUGUUCACACAUUAAUUAUGCAGUUAGAGAAAAAGCUGCAAUAGUGGAAAAGGAAGGAAGGUGAAAAUGAGGAGUUCAGUUUGUUGUGCUGGCUUGUUGAAUAUUCAUAUAAAAUCAAUUUUUGAUGCUUUCAGGCGUUGUUUGUUCCAGGGCGGCGGAGUCACGUCCCAUUUGUGAAGCUGUUAGGUACCAGGAAAUGGGUGAAUCCGCUUUGGUGAGAGGAGAAAGGUGUCUGUGCUCCGAGGUAGACAUAUGUGAGGUGUCUGUGGCAGACUGUGGGAGAUAUUUAAAGUGUGGCUUAAUCACCUGCCCCACCACUCCCACUCACCCAAAUUUCAUUUGAUUAGAUUUGUUUAAUAUGUCAUUCAGCGCCUGCGCCACGGCAAAGCUGAUUUACUCUGACAGUCAAUGCGGCGCAUGUCUGACGACCACUUUUGUUGCUCUUUCUGCUUCCCCGUCAUCAUUUUUCCUUGAGCUCUGCACAGUUUGUUUCACCUCUCCAAGAUGUUUGAGAGCACUUAAAGAUAAUUAUUGCCAAAUGAUGCUCUAAUGAGGGAAACAACUGUGGUUAAGUCUUUAUGAGAGAGCUAGGCCUGCUGCUUGUGGAGACACCUUUUUAGGCUUCCUUUUUGUUUUCCCACUUGACAACUUUCUAUAGAUGUUGCUUCAAUCUGACGCAUGCCACAAUAAUUGGCUAGGCGCAAGAGAUGCAAAUUGCCGAGGAUUUAUUAAAAUGCACCUUAAAGGGGUUAGAAAUGUCUGUUGGCAAGUCAAAUUACCAUUUCGCCUCUCUUUGAGUCUUUCUCUUUUUUUGUCAACCUCCCUUAAACUUCCUGCGCUCUUGGAAGAGGUCAGACGCAGCCCUUCAUUUGUGGAGGAGGAUUUUCGUCUCCUGUGGAAAAUUGCAAGGCAUUUAGAGCUAUCAGAGAGGGUCAGGGACCUUUCCUUUAAUUUUCCUUUAUCUUCUCUACCAUGCUGUACGACCCCAAGCACAUCACAGUGCUGCUGUCUGGCCUGUCUCUGUGCAUGCUGUUUAUUUGUGUACCUGUUUUUCCUUUUCAAUCAAAAAAGGACGAGAUUUUCUCACCAGAUCUUGGCCCAUGCCUGAAAGAUAUUUGGAUCAUUUUUGAUGCCUCUACAAGCUGAAUAAGAAUAUGUUGUUAUUGUUGUUCGGUUCUCAUCAUAAACUGAAAGUAAUAACUUAAGAUCUUUUUUUUUUUAAGGUAUGAUGAUGAUGAGAUUAAUGUUGCAUGCAUUUGCAAGCAGAGCUCUCCUGCAGGUGAAGCUUUUGUGUUCCAGCCUCAACUUCCUCAAGAAUAUUAAUGACUUGGUUCGAUUGUCUUCGUUCAAAAAGCCGCUUCCUCUCGGCUGUUUCGUCUCUCUCUGGUAUUUUUAAAAGCAACGGUUGCUACGGGAACACCAGUCGUGUCACCGGUCAGCCGUGAGUGACUGUCUUUCCUCGUAAGUGACAUAAUGACACAACAGCGCGCACAGAAGGACCAGCGAGCUCUACUUCGAGCUUUUCCGAGAGCACGUUAGCACAAACAUUUCCCCAGUAAUCCGUAACCGAGACUCGCAAGCAGGGAACUGGAACUAAUGAAGACAACUAUUCAAUUACGAGCUCAAUUAAUGCAAGUGCCUGGAAGCGCAGAUCACAGAUGAGCCAUGCAGCUAGCCUCAGAUGUUGUGGACCACAACUGGAGGGGAAUAACACACUGAGACACUGAAUUUCCCUCUCAAUCCCCUGGCUUAGCACUCAUGGCUGCCUCCACUUUAAAAUGGCUUUAUGGGUUCGUGAGAGGGACAUAAGAGCAUGCCUCAAAUCUAUGCCUUCGCCCCUUGUGUAGGGUCAUAAGGAGCUGAAUUGACUUUGUCUAGCUAUGUGCCUUCAAUCUCUUCUUAAGUAUCACUCUGUUAUUGCUGUUCUCUCUGGAGGUUCUUUUCUAGCAGCAUUAUAUUUGACCAAGCACAACAAAAAGUCCAAUUUAGCCUGAUUUCCCUUAUUCCAGCUUUGAUUCUUGCUUUGGUUUGUAUUGAUUUCAUACAACUUCUGUUCUGUUUCUUCUCUGUCUUGUUUUUGGAUAAAUCCAUGUUGUUUACAGUGUGCGAUGACCCGCGGGGCGUCAAGAUUAUUCUUAACCCUCUUCUUCGCUGCGGUUUUGUGGUGUUAUCGAUAGGUAGCCAUGUUUGUUUAUAAUUAAGUCCCAACCAGAACACAGAUGGGACUCAGUUCAGACCUCUUGGCCCAAUUAAAAACAAGCUUUCCUACUUUGCCUCUACCUGCUUUCUCACCUAUUUUCAUGCAUUACUUUGAUAAAGAGGCGAACAUCAGUACGGCAUUUACAGCGGGUGAUACAUGAUGCUCGCAUCCUCAUGAUGCAAAGCAACUUUGAAUUAGCAGAGAGUAUUACAUCUUAACAUAGAGCACCUUGUUGCCCAAAGGGAAAUCUUCCACACUGAUUAAAGAUUAAAGCUGAAAAAACACAGAGGCUUGCAAAAGAAGAAAAAAAAAAUCUCUAAUUAUUUCCCUAGAAAUAGAAUAAAACGAUAGAGGCCACUGGGGAGUAGUGUCUAAUUAUUUCAUUUAUCUGUAAAAGGCCUCAUGAGGAUGUUUCCUUCCUUUUAUUUUCAUUCGUCUCUUCUUCUUACACCUUUAGCGUUCUGUUCUUCAUUGCACCGUAUUACAUCUCUUUCUUUAGUUCAUUCUGAGGACAGUAAUUGAUGUGCACGUGUUCACCAGAUUAGGAGACACUGAUGGUAAUUAGUAUAUGUGACUUUGAGUCAUUCAAACUAGUGCACAGCCUUCUUAGUGACUCAUUGUUUAAAGUUAAGCUCUAUAGACCACUAUCAGGGAAAAGAGAACACCUCCUCUUGAUUACUCAUUAGAAAUAUCAAGUGUUUGGUUUAUAUGAUACAUAACACACAUUUUUCUGAUUGGUAUCUGUACCCUCAGUGGCUGUGAUGGCUCUAAAAAGCUCUCCCAAACACUCAUGAUAUUAUCAUGGAGAUAGCACACCCCUGAAUUUUCACUUAUCACCACAUGAAAGAGCCAGACCAACAUAGAAACUUUAAAACCAGUUUUAAUACUGAUUUUAAAGUGGCAUAAUGAAUCUGGUUAUGUCACACACUUGCUUAUUUAAAGGGAUAUUCUGGUGUAAAUUUAAGUUUUGGUCCAACACACCGUAAUAAUGAGUUCGACACCCCCUUAAGAGAUGAAUGUUGCCCACUGCUUGCUUCUUUAGUUAUACCAACUUCAGCCAGCGACUGCACCAUAGCAAUACACAGUGGUCUACUUCUCCACGUGGAAACCUCAACCUCAAAUAAUGCUCAGAACAGCACCUAACUUCAUCAACAGUACAUAUAGGGUCCCAGCCACAGCAUUAGCCACAUCUUUUUAGCUUUGCCUAAUUUCUUUAGAAAAGAGAUGAAACGCAACUUACCUACUCUCUUCCAGCAGUCGUUUGUUUGUGGGGGGAGCCCUGAAGAGUCGAUCACCAAGUGCAGCAAAUCAUUUCCAUGAAGUAAUAAUCAUCAUAAUAAUCAUUUUGCACAUCAGCUGAAGUAGUUCUUCUGCCUUAGCAUCUUGGUCUGAUUGCAUUUCCAUGAAGUAAUGAUCAUAAAUGUUCUUCCUUGAGCUGCGAAACUCUGCUGACCAUAACUUAAGGUUAUGCCGGAAUAUCCCUUUUAUUUAAGAGGAUUUUUAGGCAGGAUAGCUGAAGAGAGUCAAGGUAGAGUACAGGCUGUAGAGACUAAAGCAAAGGGUCAUGACCUGAAGUUGAGCUGAGGCCAACAGGCAGCACUUAUUUAACAUCGUCAACUAUUUGUAUGCAUUUUUCCCUCAAAGCCCUUCUCAUGACUUCUUGUCUAGUUAUGAAUCAUAUUUAAAUUGAUACCGCUGCCUCUUUAUGACCUACAAAAACAUACCAUGCAGGACCAUUUGCAGCAAGACUGACAAUUUCUACUUUGUAAUUAUUUAUGCCCGAAACUGCUGUGGGGGGCAAGUUGUCAAACUGAAUGAUUGACUGCACACUGGAGAAACAGACUUGCUUUACUUUUUCAACUGUAAAUACUAAGAAAGUGACACACCUGACUGUUAAAUGAAAGUAGGGUGACAUUUUUCUUGAGGAAUGUAUACCUUGGCAUGUAGAGGACGAGAUCAGACAAGUUAUAAGAUGUGCAUCCUUGCCAAAAGUGACACAAAGUAAAGAGUUCCACUCAGGAGCUUUAGGAUAUUUUUCAUAUUUGGAGUUGUUGGGCAAAUAUAGUAUUCCCGUUCUGAAGUAUCUAUUAUUAGCAUUAUAAGGUCACCUAAUUUUGUUUUAGUUUUCAGUGUUUAGAGGGAACUUUUUAUGCAUUCCCACUUCUUCAAACUCUUUUUGGCAUUCAUUGUUACAAACGGUACUUGCUUGCAUGAUGCGUCUUCAAUAAGGUGACCAUACGUCCUCUUUUUUGGGAGCUGUCCGGCCUUGUCCUGUUUCGUCCGGGGGAGUUUAUAAAGUCUUUCAAAUGUCCAGGGUUUUGCAUGGAAGAUUUGGGUUUGUCUUAUGUGGACUUACUGAGUUAGAAGCGCCUAAAAAACACUUGAUCUGACCCAAAAAACUCUCAAAUUAACUAUGCGUGACUCUGUGUCUCUGCCCCUGCAUAGCGGUGUCCUCUUUUUGGGGAUUCAGAAUAUGGUCACCCUAUUCUUCAAGGUUGUUAUCAAGUCUUCAGUGCUAAACCGGCUAACACAAUUAUGGUAACACUUCUAUUACACUCUCAAAUCACGCAGCUGACACAAUGAUAGAUGUAACAUGUAACUAUAGUUGGUGUUUCUCAGUGUCUGGUUGUAACAGUGAUCUUAAUAUGUUUAAAGUUUUUCUGAAGUUUCAGUUUUGGGUAAAUUUUUGGACUAAUACACACUGACUUCAGGGCUACUACAGUUUUGGCUGUGACCAAAAGUGGUGCUGCUCCGUUUGAGGCAGGUGUGUUUCUGUGUGUGUGUUUACGUGUUGGGGGCACCCAAAACAAGGUUUCCCUGGUGAGGUGACAGAGGCGGCUAAGCCAGUAAACAACGAUGACAGUAAUCAUAUGUGUUUGUGGUGCUAUGCUUCAUCACCUGUCCAGCACCAAGGCUUGUUAAAGGACAAAUGACUCUUAAUAAAGCAUAUUCUUUCCCCUCAUCUCUCUCUCCUCUCCUUUCUGCCCCUCCUGUCAGUGCUCCUCCGCCACCUCCCAGCCCUGCCCCCACCUGAGGAGGCCAGGUUGCCAGGCCGUGGGGCGGUGGGAUUGGCCGGCUCCACGCUGAGAUUGAUUACCUCUCUAAUCUUAGGACUGCCAGUGUGUCUCCAGGGCAAAAACUCCGGCACGAAUCCCCCCCUCCCUCCCUUCUACCCAGACUCCCACCCUUGCUCUGUCUCUGUACCUCGUCUCUCCCUCUUCCUCCAUCCCCUUCAUCCCUCUGUCCCUGUGCUGCCAGAGGCACCGAGGGACGACACUAAGUCACAGCUCCAGACAGGGCCACUCGCUCGCAGUGCCUGCCUUGUUCGCCAUAUGUCACGGCAAAUGGGGCUCCCGUGGACUCUGCCUUGGACUCACAGGGAAAAAAAAAUGACAGAGGGAGGUGGAGAGGGGAUAAGGGUCGUGGGCUGCAUGAGUUGGGCAAUAGAGAGGAGCAGAAAAAGUGAUUUUAGCUAAGAUUCAAAUAUCUUUACAGCCAUGUUGCUCUUGUGGGAGUAGGAAAACCUGAAACCAUAAACCAUGUAUAUAAAAAAACCUCUUACUUUUCUUUCCUUCUUGUUGUUGAAAUGCUUUGUCUCCUUCUCGUGUUCACACGUUAUUUGUUGAGGGGAUCAGGUGAUGACAUGACACCCUUCCAGUGUGCAUUAUCACAGCAUCAAGGACACAAGACGCAUGACAACUUGUAAAGGUGACAAUUGUGCUUGGUGAUGCUACGACCUGUCAUCCAGAUGCUGGUGAAAUGAGCUCUCUUGGUGGCACUUCAGCUCUUAGUAGACACAGAGAGACUUUCACUGUGGCUGGGUGGUGACAUUGCUUCUCAGAAUGUCACUCUGGCAUAAAGCCUGAUUUAUUUCAGAUGAGAGUGGGGAACAGAGUGAAAACCUGCAGACAAAACAAUUAGCACUACAGAGCACUACGCUUAGAUGACAAGGAAACAAAGAAAUAGAGUUUUACUAUUAAAAGUAGAGAAGUAAGAUGAUUGUUGUAGCUGUUGUAGAGUACCACGUCUAUAACUGGGCAUUAUAAACCUCUCUUUGUAGUGAAACUGAUUUCAAUCAAAAAUUUUUGAAUGGGCUGUGAUGGGGCGCUUGCACCAAGCGUGAGUGAAAUCAUCUACUCAAUUAAUUUUCACGAAUCUAGACACGUAAAUGAAUAGUUACUUGUUUCAUUCAUGCAUCAACGGUAAUUUCAACAGUAAUCCCUGCCAAUUAAACCAGCAGGAUCAAGUGAUAGACAAAUUUUUUUUUACAAUUUACCCGGCGAUCCAACCUCCUCAUUCACUUGCCUCCAGGCGAGCUCCUUUUUAUUUUGGUUUCGGUAAUUUAAAGAAAAAGUAUCAUAUAAUUCCAGGCACCCACAAAUCGGCAUGGUCAGUUUUCAUUUUAAAUGACCAGUGAACAACCCUCCGUUUUCUUACGUCACCUGGCAACCUUCGUGCUGAUUAGCUAUCGCAACACGAAUAUCCACUCAAGUUGAGACAUUUUCAGCUCCUUUCCAAUUCGCGUCAAUCGCACUGCUAGAGUCGUAGAAGGGUGAGAGAAACUGUGAGAUUUGCUUUGGUGCAGUCAUAAGCUAUCAUCGAUUAUCAAUAAUAAAGUUAAAAGCUAUGCAUGGUGACCACAAUCCUUGCAGUGGUCAUGGGUUCGAGUCUGGCCCCAACCAUGUGCUGCAUGCCCCCCCCCCCAUCUCCCCACAGUUCACACUGUCCUAUCAAUAAAAGCCACCCCAAAAGAAUACUUAAAAAAGUAAAAUAAAAUAAUGUUAAAAGUUAUGUUUAUUCCAGGCCAUUAGUUCUCUGAUGGUAACUUUUCACUACAAAAGAACACACUGUAGGGCUGGGCAAUAUGGCCUCAAAUCAAUAUCACGAUAUAUUGAGCAGUUCUCUUUGAUAACCAUAAAUGGACGAUAACUACUCCACAGGCUGCUCACCCCUCCCACAUUAACUUCUACUUCAGCAACUGCUCCAGCCCCUAUAACUUUUAACUCACAUUUUUCUCACCUGCACCACAGGUAAAGACGACAGACAGUAAACAUUCAAGGGUCUUGUUAGCCAGGAUGGGAAAAAAACAUUUUAAAGUCAUGCGACACAGCCACAAACUCUGCAUGUGAAGUGGUCUGGUGUUCGAGGCCGCACUUCUGUGAUAUCAGGAAUACUUCUAUUGUGGAUUAACCAUGAAAGAUGGGGAAACUGGUGACCACAUGAUGCGUUUCAGGUUAUAUGACUGACGUUGCACAUGCUGAGAUGUGACUGUUGUGCAGCGUAGGGUCAUGACCCAAACUUUGAGAACCACUACAGGAGACAAUAGGUUUGGGAGUGCUUCAAGUCACGGCUAACCCGUGGAUGACAAGUGGCUGACAUGUGAUGACAAGUGAUGUCAGAUCACAAAAGUGGGAUUAAGUGUUUCUCUCUUGUAUCUACCUUUUGUUCAAACAUCGUCACAUCGUCUUGCCUCAAAUGCCUCAGUUUCUAAAAUUCAAUUGUGGUUUUGCUGAAGUGGCAGCUGUUUCUAUUUCCCCAUACAGUCUAUGUGCACAUUAAGCCUCUUUAGGCCUAAUGAUCAAAACAUGUUCUCAGAGUUGGCAUCAAUACUUAGAUGGACCUUUGUCCCACAGCACAGAUAAGAAAACAAAGACAAACACAAACAUAAACCUAGCUUGUGAUGGCUUCAGUGGCGACAAGUCUUGUGAUUCAUGGCUGCAGUAAAAGUGGAGGGUGGGGGCUGGGUUAUACCAUGGUUAAGAUGAAGAGAUGGUGUUGUUGUGAUGUGGUGUUUACAUGCGUCUGCAUGUAUUUACCCCCAAGGGUCACAUUCAGCAUGCGCAACCUCGCAGCACUCUGUUGAAACUGAUAGAUUUUUGGCGAAGGGGCUGUUGAAAUAAUCCUGGAUUGGGAAGAAGUUCAAUCUGAAGUGUGUUAGUUUGAUUUUAAACAUUGAGUUAAAUUUAAAUUUUGAAGCAUGUUAUUUUAUUUUUCUAAAGAAUAACAUUAUUUGGGGUGAAACUUUAUGUUUACCAAACCACCUGCACCAAAGCUUAACACACAGGAUGAGUAAUGCUUUAAAGCUGAGUUCAUUUCGUACAUAUGAGUGCGUCCCCAAAAGCACAUGGAAAGAGCCAGACAACCAUCAGAAGGCUCUUUGAAGUGCUCUUUCAGGCCACAAUGGAUUGCCCACACACAAACGUACUCACAAAUACACACUUGAGAAAGUCUUUGAGGGCACUGUUUUCUAAUUCACCUCUGCACCUGUUUAUACCUUCUCCCCAUUCUUCCUUUUUUCCAUGUCUCAGUGAGUCCGAGUCAUAGAAAAAAAAAAGGAAAGAAAAACAGCGUGGGUGAAUCUGAGCAGAGAAACAUCCUCUGGGUCUUUUUCCUUUUUUAAAAGAACUCCUCCAGAUCUCAUGUUUAAUUUAUGAAGGAGGGCUCAGGCGUGAUACAUCCUGGCAUGACAGGCAGAGUCCAUCUUUGUCUGGGAAACGUGGAUCGGACCGGACCAGGGGUGAUAUGCCAGUCCCCAUCAGGGCCCCGGGGUGCCACAGACUGGUCAACAGCUGGGAGCGAAACCAAGCCUUUCAUUGGAACCGGAGCGUGGUUAAUUAAACAAGUUCCCCUCGGUCAGAAAGCAGCUGGAGUCGGUUUUACUCCAUGUGCCAGUCAGUGCCAGGCUGGCUGGAAGGCACACUCCAGCACACAAAGGAUGAGGAGAUGCGACAGUGUUCUUCAAUGUUGGAAUGUACAAAACACAAGCAAGGCAUGAGAGGAUGUUUCUGUUUGGGAAUAUUUAGAUUUAAAGAUUCUGAGUCUUAGGACAGGAGUGGGAUGUGCUUGCUUUGGCUCACCCACAUCCUACUGUAAGCAUCAAUCCACAACCCACACCCUUAAACCCAACUCCACAGCUUUAUGUGCAAGCAUGUGACGAACAAAUUUGAUUUGUUUUAGGCUCUCCAGAUCUGCAUACUUACAGUGCAGACAAACAUACCAACACGCACACAUACGGGCGCAAACACAACCACAAACAAACUCCAACGAGUGAAAUCUUGUCAAGCUGAGCACCGAGUAAAGAUUAGGCAUCCUUGUCCGCCUUCACAGCCUAAGAUGCCGUGGUCAAACCCGGGGCUAUUUCCGAGAGAAAGAUAGAGUGGCAGUUGAUAGUCGACGAAGAGGAUGUACGAGAAAACAAGACGUAUUCGGAGUGCUAAAUUGGUUGAAGGGUUGCAAACUGGGGGAGGGCGAGAUGGAGAGCAAGAGAGGAAGAAGGAGGAGGGGGGAUGCUGGGUACAAAAUAGCCAAUUUCAUAGUACACAUGUGGAUUAAGUUCCCUCCUUUGAAAAUGCUCCGGAAUGCCCAUGUACCAAUUACGCCCCGGUGGUACAGGCAGGAGCUAUGGGGCCAUGUUUUUGGAUGUUCUUGCGCCUGUGUGCGCUCCAGCUUGCCAGAUUGUCUGCGGGCAGCGUUUGUUGCCUGCUUUGAUUCGGUGCCAGUGAGGCCUCGCAGGCUCUUGGCACCCUGACACCUCCCCAUCAAUACGCUGGCACCGUGUGGUAGGGGGUAUCAAAAAUGACCCAAUUAGAGGAUGGCAAUGUGUUCUGACAGGCACUACCUGGUGGGGUAUGUUUAAAAACUGCCAUUUUUCCGCUUUUUUUUCUCCUCCAGUCGCUUUGCUUUACACCCUCCACUUCCAUCUCUUUCGCGGCUCUUUCUGUUUUUCUUGUAUUUUCUUCUUCAAGCCCUUGUCAGAGCGUCUGAUAAUGGUAGAGAUGUGACUCGGUCUGCCUGCCUUGACACCCGCUCUUUGUGCGUGUCUUUCAGCUGUUUGCUACAAACAUCCCGCCACUUUGCGAGUGUACACAUGCGAGAGGAUUGGUUUUGACUAAGAACACUGUGAUUAGGGAGCUCAGUGACAGAAACAUUAUCCACAGAGUUAGCCUGUCAGUGUUCAUUGCCAUGACUGACAAGUCUCUGGAUCUUCCAUUCUCUUUUUCCAUGUCUCUCUUUUUGUCCCUGCACUCCAUCCCCCCCUUAUUCGCGAUCUGUCUGUUCCAUGUGCAGCUAGAGUUCAGUGGGAAUCUCUGCCAGCCCUUGUCAGUGGGUGUUGGAUGUUUGCAGGAUGUCUGCAGCGCUACACAAAAGGAGUUUAAGACUUAGUUAUUGAACCGUUUUAGAGAAGAUGAUGUUUAAUUAACCUAAUUUUGAGUGGUUAACAUCGCCUCAUGGAUCCUUCCUCUACCACAUAAGUAUAACUGGUACAUGGGCUAUUUAGGACACUGGUUGAUGGGCUUUUAAUUUUGCUUUAUUUAGUAUUUGGCCAACAGUUUUUAUAUUCAACAACAAACAUUCACGGUUAAAAUUAACCUUGAUUAAAAUGUCAUGAACCGAGCUAAGAGGGUGCAAUAAGUGUUUGAUUUACAAAUAUUCCUAGGGGUCAAUAAAGUACCUACCUACCUACCUGCCUGUCUAGCUACCUACUUACUCAUUGGUCCAAAGGAGAAGGGAAGAAACUUCUGUACUAGCUUGAGAGCAGGAGGGUGUACACAGUAGGUGCAGGUGUAUAAACUGUGAGGCCAAGCCCACAAAGAAGAGAAAAGGUAACUUGCUGUCUGGAGUGGGACUUACUAACAACAGGACUUCUCUGAGCCAAGGAUACAAGUGGCUUACAUACAACUGCAGUAUUCGUUUCUUAGACUGAGUUCCCUGCUGUCCUGAGUGCUGCUGUUUUCUUACCGUCUUUCUUCAAUAUCUAGAAGUAAAAAAAAAAACAAAACAGAAAAGCUGAUUGAUUGUCUUCAAAAGAGUUGGUAGGCUCUUAUUUUUUUCUCCAUGAUGGUGUGCAUGGUAUGUGUACACCUAUGAAACUUACUGUGUGAGCCAUUGAAGGGGAAUAGCUUAAAUAACAAACUUGACUAUUACUGUGUCUGCUGAAUAAUAUGCAGUAUUUGUUGUUUAAUGUUUUGUCAAACUAAGAUUCAAAAACAUAAACUUACUUAACUGAUCAGUUUGCUGGAGGUGAGAGAACAGGUAUGCGUCAUGUCUGGGAAACUUACAGUAGAACAUGAACUUACACAGAGUACGAUGCUUUACAUGUUAGAGCUGACCUUGUCUGCAGCAAAUAAUCACCAAGACUCCAUUCUGGAUCUCCAGAUGCUUUGACAACAAAGGGUUUUAGAUGACUGGCAUCCCCUUAUGACCUAUUUAACUACUAAAAACUGAACUAUCCCUCUAAAGCUUUCAAUUUCUGUUUAUUAUGGUGACCCCUGCAUUUAAAGAAGUUUCUUUUACCUCUUUCCUUUCUUGUAGACCGGUAAAAUGUGUUUCCUCUUUUUAAAAAAUGAGAUUGUAUCUUCCUUCAAUUCGGAAAAAAAUCAAUCGCUGUGAAUUUUACCUGUGGAAAGUCAGACGAAAAACUGUAUGCACAGAGUGCUGUCAAAUGCCUUAUUUGACACCUACUCUGCAGCAGCAUUAGAAAAAAACACAUACAAAUAAAAAUACCUAAUCUUCCUGAUGUUCAGGUUUAUUUCUGAGCGGCACCAGUGUUACUUUCUGUAUCAUUAACAGCUAAAAUAUCCCCAAAGGAGCUUUAAAUAACCAGAGAUUAGCUGGAAUAAGUGUUUAACCUAUGUAAAACAUUUACAGUUUUAACAGAAAUCCUAUUUUGAUUUAUUUUAAUCAUAAAAAAAAAACGGCACAAACAAACUGCCAACUGCUUCCCUCCUCAUUUAUAUUAGUUCUACUAAAACUGUCUAUUAAAUUACCCCGCGUUCCCUCUCAUUAGAUUUAAUGCCUGGGUUGUUCCAUCUGAGAGCCGACUGUGACGGUUUGGCAUCUGAUCCCCUCUGGCGUUCUACCGGUCAUGAGCUGAGCCCUCACAGGUCUCGACUGGCAUGUUAGAGCAAGCUGCCAGCCGAGAUGGGCAGUUGGCGCCAGGUCCAUUACCAGCUGGUGAGGUUCUGUGCCAUUCUCAGGCUCAUCUGUCAAAACGGCUACGACUCCUCUGCCUCCAAUGUGCAUUUUAUUAAAAGUGUCACUUUGCUCCUUUGGGUUAACCCUAAUCACAGAAAGAAACUUUGAUUUAAAAAAAAGUCUGAAAUAAAGAAUGACUGCAAACGGAUCUAAAAAACAUCAGCGUUAAAUGUAUCUGACAAAUUUGGACUGGUGUACAUUUAGUGACAGAAAAAAGAGCUGCGUGAAGCUUUUGUUGUUCUGAAAACACCUCCAGUGUCCGUGCUAUACAUCCUCACCACUUAUUUUCCAACCUUCUCCAUUUUCUCUUUGAGCUGUUAACCUUUAGUGUGAUACACUCGAUGCAGUUUCUGUGCCUCUGUGCUCGUACAUCUGCUUCCUUCGCUGAUUGAUUGGAUCUGCAGGUUAAAUGAUCAGAAAAGCUUUUACAAUUAUGGGACAACUCUCUUCUCUUAAGGCACCUGUUAAGUUGUUUGUUGCCGGGAGAAACAGACAGUUCAUCAUGCUACCGUAAAUGAUUUCCCUGCUCCCUCACCUCAAGCUCCCUUUUCCUUGUUUCAUUUUGCAGAGGGGAUAUGGAGGGGAUAUUUCUGCCAGAGACCUCCCAUUUUUUUCAGUAGAAAAAGCACGGGGCGCUAAAAAGGAUGUAGUGCUGUUCGAGGACAAUUUCUUAUCUACGACUAACGGUGCUUUGGCUAAUUUGUACGACUUGCCACAUUCUUCCCAGGCGCAACAGCUGAGUGCUUUCAGAGAAAGACUGAUUUGACUUUGGCCAUUAUCUUUUGAUAGAUAAGAGGUCUGCAGGUGCUUUUCUCAUCCCUCAGGGUGUGGUUUUGAAGAUGGAGGACAUGUUUUUACCCACUGACAUUGAUGCAAUACAGCCUAGAAGCAAGGGUGCUAAUGUCUGUGCGGAGUCCACUCAAUCCUGGUGCCUAGUGUCCUCUUGUCGCCCCAGCCUCAGCCUGCGGAGCCCUAUAACCAAGCUGUGCCCACCAACCAUGAGUCAUUAAGGUGUGUUUAGACAGGGCCAGGGGUCAUUCUGGUGCACGGUAAUGUAUAGUCUCAGCGUGGACCCACAAAUCAGAGGCGGUCCUCUCCAAACACGGGAAACAAAGAGGAGGAUGAAAUGAGGAGGGAAAAAGUUAGACGUAUCUGUUGAAAAAGUCCAGACAGAAAGUGGUUUUUGGUGAAUUUCAGAACUCAUUUAUCCAAAAUUUAUGAGUCACUUGUUUGAAAACAACUUUAAACACAGCAAAAUGUUUUGGUGAAAUUAUCGUAUUACCCCAGUUGCAAGCAAAAGACUAAAACUGGUAUUUAUCUUGCAUAAGUGGAGCAAACCCUGUAGGCAAGUUUUGAAAGGCAAGAGUUCACAUGUAUUGAAAAAAAAUCACACUUUGCAAUUAAUUAAAGUAAAUCCUUUCAGUUUAGUUUUUACUGUGUUUAAAAGCCUGAAACUUGACCAUUAACCUCCAAAUGGAUGUAAAACACUGCUAGUGUUCCCCUUCCCCUCUCCGCUAACAAUGUUCCACAAAAAGGACUGUAAAAUGAAAUGAUGAGUUUUAAAUGUCUUUUUUCAGGCAAACUCAAUUAGCAGCAUGUUUUUUUCCUCCCCUUUUUGCAAAGAGCCCUACAUUAGCACCAAGGCUAGUUAUUAUUUCCAGUGCGGACAUCUUUACAAAUCAUUUCUCUUUGCCUUUCCACCGCUGCCUCCUGUGUGGCACAAUGUUCCAAAGUGGGCUCCAAUUAUGAAAGCAUUAAAAAUGCUGGUGAAGGAUUUAGGUACAUUACACCACUCAAUGACAUUCUACUCGCCAUUAUGUUAUUAGCAGAGUGCUAUGUGUAAAAAGGGCCUUUAAUUGAGAAAGUGUUGUAGAAAAUACAUUUAAAGCAGCCUCUGUUUCUCCUCUCUCCCAGCCUCCUGCUCCAGCAGCUGUGCUCGCUGUGGAAAGUUUCUCAUUGGGGAUGAUUUGGCUGAAACCCCUCACUCAUGA